AUGGAGUUGCCAUGGAAACUUUUACUGCUGCUGUCAUUGGUGGAGUGUCUGGCAGGUAGGCAUCCAAAACCCUCACUUUUUGUGGUGUUAUUAUAGCGCUAUGUAUUGUUAUUUAUAGAUUUUUGUGAUGGCUCCUUGGCAAACAGAACAGAUGCCACUUAAAAGAAAAAUAAAAUACUGAGAGGUUUUAUGGCAAAAAGCACCCAAAGCUCUCCACCAAUUUUACAAAUGGUAGGGAAGGUUCACCUUGAUGUCUUUUCACUGGCAGCUCAAGGCAGCGAAUCAACAUUCCUUUAGUUGUGCUGAGCAGCCAUCUCUUUUUUUUUCCAAGCACUGAAUCAAAAGAAAAAAAAUAACCCAUGUUUCUCUCUCUGAAAGACAGCUUCUGUCUAGUUCCAGUCAUUCUUUUUAAAGAGGCCCUCAAUUGUUAGCCUAAUUGAGAUUGCACUGGUGGUAGUACAGAAAUCUUGUCAUUGAUCUUGCUUUUAAUGAGAGACUUAAUUUUCUUCCCUUACAAAAUGUUCAGGGUCAAAUGCUAGUUCUCUUUAGAGUGAAGCUGAGAACAAGAUGAAUAAGGGCUUUGUCGUCUGUGCACAGUAACUUCAAGAAUGAGUAAUCUUUCAUGUUGCCUUGCUCUAAAUCAACAGCCCCUCCUCACAGCUGGGACCUAAAAUAAUUAGUGUGAGCGCAUGUGUGUACGUGCUUGUUACUGUCACUGUGUGUAUUUGUUUGUGCAUGUGCGUCCCUUUACGCAAUCACAACAGCACAUCAGAACCUAAAUUUGCCUACAUCGCAAUUAGCACCACUUAUCACUAAAUCCAAUACACAUCAGUGGAUGUCUAAUGAGGCUUUCCUCAGGGAACUGUGACUCACUAUGGGAUUAGGAUAUUCACCACCAGUCUGGAGCACAUAUUAUGUCCUACUUGAGCAUUCGGACGAGUGCAUGUCUUAAACACCAGUGGAAACUCUGCCACAAACCUAAUAGAGUUUUGACCCUUGGUUUGAAUAUUCAAGAAGACAAAAAUCUUCCAUCAAGAAAGUGAUCCCAGUGCACCACAAUCACCACGACCACAAGGUGUAGAAAAGACAUUCAAAGUUUCUCCUCAGAGCAAAUUAGUGCCGAACAAAGAAGCAGAGCGCAAAACACUCUGUGAAAAGCAUUGUGUUGCACAGCCCUUGCCUCACUCUUGAGGCUCACACUCACAGUUGGUAACAGAGAGUAACCUAGCAUUAAUAUUCAGUAUGGAGUUACAUUACAUAUGCGCUGCUUGCAAGACAAGUAUGGCGCAAUACAACGAUAGACCUCCAAAGCCUCAGUGUGUUCUGAGAAAGACAUGAUAAGCAUUUUAGUAUGCAGACGAGCACUGCUGGGUAGAGAGAACACAGUGUGAGGGUGUUAGAUAGGUGCUGCCAGGUUAUUUAUCCAGACUUGGGAGUAGUUUUUUAUAACAGAGGGCAUGGAUGUGUGGGAGAGCAAUGGGGCCAAGGGGGAGUCACUCCCAUAGAGAGUUCAUCAGAAGUUAACCAGCUCUCCCCCCGAUCUUUUGCAAAGGUUUGAAUGGCCUAAGGCAGAGGCGUAUACAGUAUGUGUGUAAGUGCGUAUGAGUGAGCAAGGGGGCAGGGAGGAGGCGUUGAGGUACAGCAGGGUGCAGUUUUCCCCCACUCAGAAACAACUAACCUUCACACAGUAACACAGCGAGACACUUCCAGGACUGUAUCAAGUCUUUGGAGCAUGCUCUUAGUGCUGUAAUACUGAGAAAGUUUCCUUUUUUAAAGUAAGCAACUCAUUAUCUGGACUGGAGAGAGGAGUAUGAGUUUCUGUUCAAUUAACAUUGUACAAUAUUUAAGACACACAGAAAAGAGUCCCAGAGAUAGCAUACAGCAUCUGUUCAUCAGGGAAAAUAAGGCCCUAUGGCAGAUCUUGCUGUUUAUUUCCCUGCUUGCCAAAAUCAUCAAUAAUUUGAUGCAAAAUAUAAAUUUACAAUCAUUUUACUACGAGUUCAAUAACUUUCAAGUAUUGCCUGAAAAUAAUUAGCAGGAGCACAAUUAUAGAAACAUCUGUAGUUGGCAUCAGAGGGCGACAAUUUAGCAGAAAUAAUAGGAACCAGACAUGUUUUUAAAAACUAAGAUGACUGCUGCUGAGUCUCUAACUAGCAAUCAAAUGUUUGGUGCUCUCAGAGUGAUCUAAAUUAACAUCAGGAAAAGUGUUCGUGUUCAGUUGAGUGAGUGCCUGCAGUUUCAGACAAGCAGUUCAUUUUUGGCACAAGGUUUUGAUAUUUAAGUGGAUGAAAAAUCAACAAACUCUUGUGGACUUGUUAAUACUGGAGUGAUAUGAUUGGAUGUAGAAAAAAAUCAAUAACCACAAACUAUGUUUGUUGGCCAACCAGCCUCAAGUAUCUGGAAAAGAUAUAAGGGCAUUUUAUUGUGCCUUGCUGAAGUAGUGUAUUACCAUCGUGGCGUGUGUUGGUUUCAUGAAUGUUGAGUUUGUGGUUUUGCAGCUGAAAGGAUGGGGUCACAAAUAACAUUAUUUUUAUAUAAUACUGACAUGCUCUUGUACUUAGAAUAUUUGUUCUGUGACUGACUUAAUAUGACGCCAACCUAUUCCUUUAAUAUAACAGCCUGCAGCCACUCUAAACAAAUACUCACAAGAUUAAUUUUACCGUCACCUCUGCUCAUUUAAAGAUGGUUCAUGUCUUUGAGAUGCUAGUAAAAAUAAAAGGCUGCUUCUGGCCGGCAUUUUAAUCUCCUAGAACUACUUUUACUUUGCUCUUUAUCUCCCCUGUGUGAAUCAGAGACGAGUGGAGUUUCAAAUAUUGACUUAACUCAUUGAUUCAUCAGAACAUGCUGGAGCCUUUUAGGAAUCCUUAAGCAAGGAUUUUAUUGCGUCUUUGAAGUUCUGUGAGGAGGUGGAAUAUUCCCCAGUGAAUCUUCUACUCCCAUAGCUGGCUGUGUUUUUGCCUCAUCUAGGAUAGAAAAAGUCAUCCUGUUUAAAUGUGUUUGUGAGCAUAGUGUCGAUUGGUAAUAGAUAAUAAUUUAUCUGUGCUGUGUUUUAAUGCUUGACAAGACUUCACCAUCAAUUAGACAGGAAUAUUCGGUAUGUCUGGACCAGAAGUGGUGCACUGCUUUAUCUGAAAUGGUUCAAAAAAUGUAAAUGUGGCAUAAGAUAUCUAAACAUUGAUUUUAUAAUUUGAUUGAAUUUUUACUGAUCUCUGCACUGGCAUGACAAACUUUUUUUUAAAAACUAGUAACUAGGGAUGGGCGAUAAAUUAUCUUUCACAAUAUAUCGUCAGAAAAAUCCUCCAUGAUAAAUAUUUGCCAUCUCAUGAUAAAUACGAAAAAUGCAAGUUGAUGACGUAAGAGCUAACGAUGGACUCGCAGCCAUAGCCCACACAGAGCAUAAAACAAACAAACAUGGCUUAAGGUAAUGAAGAAGACGUGUCUUAGCAGCUUGUUACUGAAUGAGGCUCGACAUGAGGGAUUUCCUUCAAGAUUAGGGCUUAGAUGAGUUCAAUCAGGUAUCCCUGAAAUCGGACAGUGAAUCUGCUGCUGUUCACUCUGCAAUAAGAGUUUUUUUAACAAAUGUUGAAAAUGUUUUCACAUUUGAGACUUUCUGAUGUCACUAGUUUUCUCCAUAACCUACCACUCAAACUUGGCUUAAGUAUCUUAUUUGACUACUCCAACUGGUGCUCUCAAGACAAAAUGAAUCAAAAAUAUAGCUUGGAAUUAUAAUAUCAUUAUUGCAGAAUGGGAAAUUUUAUUGUGAUACAUUUUUUUUAGCCCAUAUCUUGUCUUGUUACACAAAUAUAGUCCUUUGGGUGUUUUUCACAGCUUACAAACAGUAUCAGAUUGGGGCUACAUUUUCAAAGAAAUCAUGGCAGCAUGUUGCAAUGUUAAAAAAAAUACAUAAACCACUAAAGGGCCAAUCAAGCAAUUUGUAAGGUAGUUUGGUUGGAAUCAUUAUGCUACAGAAUAAAGUAUGAUAAAUGUUUCCAUUAGUGUAGUGCAUAGGACCUGGUAAGUGACAAAUAACCUUCUAACCAAUCUUGAGGAGGAAAAGGUGGGGAUAUUACAACAAUUACAUGACAAAUAGCAUUCUCAGGAGCAAUGUGUUCCCUGCCCUAUGUAGACAUUCAAUAGAGAGAACAACAACAACAAAAAAUUGCUUUAAUUUGCCAUUUCCACAUGUGGACUUGGACCCAAUCAAUUCUGUGUUUCCCUGGUGAACAUGGCAUUGGAUCCCCUGCAUUCAAGGGCUGUUAUUGAAUUCCAGAUGCAGUAGCUUUGAUUAGCGAGAAAAUGGGCUGACAUGUCUAGAUAUUGGUUUGAAAAAGGUUGGCCACAUUUCUCUCUUUACAGACUGAGCCACUGAAAAUGUGUUUAACUUAAUUAACGAGAGUGUGCAGCAGAGUACAGUACACCCUAGCUGAUAGUCAUAGCAGUAAAAAAUGGCCAUGGAACAUUUUCUAUUAGUCUGACUCGUGGGUAAUAUCUUUUUAUGUGUUUCUAAUAUUUCUUUUUUUUGCAUUCUUUUGAUACUAAAAUCUGAGGGGAAAAAUGUCGCAAUCUCCUUUCACUGUCUUCUCCUCUACUAUUUGACUGGCUAAAUACUAAGUCAUUAAUAUUUUUCAUUAUUUAUACUUCAGUGUUUCUAUUUUUCAGGGACCUUGGAUAGAGGGUUCGGCAGAUAUUUCAAAUACUUAAACCAAAUGCAAUCAAAAUUUUACCUUGCUCAAAACAACCCAAACUGCCUUUUCUCAUAAGUAACAUUUGCUGCCCCUGAAUGAGAGACCUUAAAGGUGUACCUUAUCGGCCUGGACAGAGGGGAAAGAUGCUUUAAAAAGCAAGAUUGGCUUUUUUUUAUUUGAUGCAUAAAACCCUGAGCUGAAACGAAUGGAUUUGGGACCUCACAAACGACCAAUACCUCCCCCACAGCCGACUCCCCAUGUGCCUGUUUAUUCAUGCUGAGGUAAGCUGGAGGAAUUCAUUUGCUGUCAGCUCGUAUUGAAUUUGAGAUUAGUUUUUAUUUCAGCCCCCUAAACAGCUCCCUCUGCCUUCCACUUGCGCUUCGAUGCUGAGUCUUGUGUUGUCUGAGAGGCCUUCAAAAACGGCUGCACAUAUCACCAUCUGGCAGCAGGUGACAGAAAGGAGUGGGGGGCAGCCCCUGUUAUUUUUCCAAAAGACCCCUUUCAUAAUGACCUUCAUCUUCUAGCUGCAGCGAUGUGGAGUCAACUUUCUUUUCAAAUUCUGAAUCUGUGCACUUCUCUGAUAAAGCCCGUAACAUUUUUUUUUUUGCUCUGGUCCCAGCAUGAUUUUUGACUCUUUCUUAGAUUUUCAACAAAAUAAAAGGUGCCAACUCAAGUGUCAGUGUUGAUUUGAACUUUACCGCCUGAUGUAAUUCUAGUACACAUCAACUGUCUGGUAAGGCUAACAAGCAUGUCACCAAAAUAUGACACUCCUGGAAAAGAUAAAAAAUCCCACUGAAUUGGAAUUGGUGUGGUUUGUAGCCCCUCAAUGAUUGAUUACCAGAAAGCGAGCCUGAAAAUGAUUCUGCUCUCCCCCACCACAUGUUACAUCUAUUCCUGAUAGGGCAACAGAAGAGUUUCAGGGAGUUUGCAUCAGUUUGAACUAAGCCUUCAGGCACAGCCCCCAGAUCUCAACCUCUUCUCAUUAUUCUGACAUGUAUUCACCAUUGUAAUAGCUGUUGCCAUGGUGCUGUCAAAGAUCUUGCCAGUUACCCACCAGUAGAAGUUGUUACUACGUACUGUGUGGAUUAAUUUCCCAUUAAUUGAGUAUUGAGUAAGGUUUGUGCUUUAUGGUGAUUACAGGGGUUGAUGGAGAGUGCAACAUACACCAAGUUAUGCUAAAAUGUUGGGACAGACAUGGUUCAAUGAGAUAAGGAUGUUUGCUCGUGUGCAAUAGGGGUAAUGCUAAGUGUUUAAGCCAUUGUUUGUGCUUUGAGCAUAGCAACAUUAGGGCGCAAGUGAUAAGGGCGAGGUACAACACGUUAAAUAAGCACCAUGAAUCACUGACCGUGCUCACUUUCCUCCAUUCUUUAUGAGGUCCCGGGGAAAGUUGUUAUACGGCUAAAGGAGUGGAUUUGAAGGGUACAUUUUUGAAUGUCUUUUUCAUGCAGUAACAUGACGAUGUAUGUAUGUAUGUAUGUAUGUAUGUAUGUAUGUAUGUAUCUCUCUCUCUAUCUAUCUAUCUAGUAUGAUCUAAUGACACAAAUCCAAAAAAGUUACCGACAGAUUUAAUUGUGAAUUAUUACUCAGUUACAUCCUCAGGCAUGUUUCUGCGCUGUCAGCAGACACAACCUUGUGAUCAGAAAAUAGUGAUGAGGAGUGACAGUAAAUUAACAAAGUCUGACAGCAUUUCAUCCUCAUUGCUGCAUAGAAAAGGUUUUCUGACCAAAUAUAAAAAGUAGACCUCACAUAUCGUAGAAGCUCAUCAGUAAUGUGAGAGUGUUUGAAGCAAAGGCAUGUUUGACACCUCGUCUUUAAGUAUCUGCUGUUUAACAGUUUUUCUCAAUUGCUUUGGUGCAUUUCUCACAUCACUAUUAACAUUUGCACAACAGUUAGUGCAUGUCUCAGAACAAUUAGUACAAACUGCAAAACCUAGUGGAUAACCAGCAAAAGCGCGUCACUUGCUCAAAAUUAAUAGUUGAUUCCUCAAAAGCAAGUAUUCAUGUCAAUGAAACUGUCUGUGUCAUCAAAAUAAUCAGUCCCAACGUCAUUGUUUAUGAACAUGACAAUCAAAUGGCUUUGUUGUGUUUUCAUUAUGACAGUUUACUCUCUCUGUUUUCCAGUGCAAAAAAAGUCAGACCUUGGUGACACUACCUAAAACUGUUCAAGACAGCACUAUACACUACCUGUACAGCCAUUUGAAACCUACAGUAAAGUUGCACAUUACUGUAUUUAGUGAGGUAACUGAAUACUAGACGCAUGUAUGUUUCACAUGUUUACUGCAUUUGCUGCAAUUCUACAUAAUUGUGUAAAAAAAAAAAAAAAUCACAGUCACUUAUUCAGAACAAACAUAAGAAAUACUAUUGUGCACAAUUAUAAACAAUGUAACUGUUCAUAUUACUGUAAACUGAACAUGAAGUAUUGCUGGACAUUCACAGUGGUUCUUCCUACAUUUGGUUGCACACGUCGACCAGCCUCAGCCAUAAUGAGGCCGUGAUUGACAACAUGGUCCACAAGUGUAGCCCUAACUUCAUCAGGGAUUUGCCUGUGUACUUCACCUUAUCUUCCUCUGCCUCUGUUUGUCCCCUUCCCCUUCCUCCCUGCAUUCUCACCCCUCCUUCACGACGAUAACCUUUCAUUUUUGUGUCACAGAAUUGUAGAAAUGGUACACACUAUGUCCUGCUGGUUUGCUUGCCAAGUGAGGGUUCAUGGGAUUCAGCUCUGAGUGACUGUGGACAAGUGGCUUGUCAUUGGUUACAACUAAUGCCUCACACACCUUCUCAUAAGUUAGAGCUGAGGUUCACCUGAGAGCAAUUGUUCAUUCUAGGAGACAUUUUCAGGAAAAAAAAAUGAUGAAGAAAUUUAGUUAACUGUCUUCACAGAUUUUGAGAACCAGUUUGACAAUUUUGUAUGUAAUGACUCAAGCAAUGAAAUGAGGACUAGUUUUAAAGGGAAUGACUAUUCAGCAUUCAAAAGUAUAGUUCAUUUUGACUGACAUGACAGAAGCAAAUGAUAAUGUUAUAAAGCAGCAGAGAACUGUAUUUAAGUAAGUGAUACAUGUCCAAGAGCAUUUGCAGUUUGUUCAAAGGAAUGAGAAACUGCUACGAUGAUGUGCACAAAUGACUCAGUGUUGCAGAGGUUGAACUAAUAGAACUUUCAUUCUGACCUAAGAAAUGCACCAAAGCGACUGAGAAAACUGUAAACUCAAUAGCCUAAAGUUAAAGCCACAUUGUAGGAUCUUUCUCUACUUCACAUGUUCCAUCUUUCACCUUAAAAUCAUUUUCCUCAGAACUAGUGAUGCACGAUAUGAAAAAUUUCAACCGAUACCGAUAACCGAUAAUUUUCUUCUUCUCAUGGCCGAUACCGAUACCGAUAACCGAUAAAUUAAUAUUUUUACAUUUAUUAUAAUCUUCAUAAAAUCUGCAGUUUGUGCAGGAUGCAGCGAUUGAAAACUGAUAUUUUUGUUGCUCUGGCCUAUCUAGAACAACAAACAAAAGUUUUUGGCUCUUCAAAUAUGGUCAUUUGCUAUAAAUAACAAUAACAGAGCAAAAAGCAGAACUUCAUCUGAUCCCCUGAACUGUUCAACAGAACUGUAAACUGUAAAGGAGCUAUUAUGAGCCGUUAGGCUUAGCAUGCUGACCGGACUAACAUCUGACGUCCAUAUGUCUGUGGUAAAACUCACGUGUAGUCCGUUCUUGUCGAUCAGGUUGUGAAUGUAUGUGGCGACAAUAUCAUAGAGUGCAGGAAGAGACACAUCCGAGAAGAAGCGGCGGCUUGGGAGAGUGUAACGUGGCUCCAAGUGUGCUAUUAACUUACGUAAACCCGGGUUCUCAACGACGGAAAAAGGCUGGUCGUCGACCGCUAUGAACUCCAUCACUUUGUCGUUAAUGGCUUUAGCCUUUUCGCUGUCUCUUGAGAAGCUUUUGCAGUUUUUAAACGCCCGCUGAAUGGGGACAUCGAUCCUCCGUAGUGUUGUUGUCUUAGCUUUAGUAUCGCUAGCAGCUUCGGCGGCUGUCUCAUAUUCUUUUACUACCGCUUCACCGCGAUGGCGACUUUUCAGAUGAGCUAUCAGAUUCGUUGUGUUAAAACUUGACGUCUUCUUUCCUCCUCUCGGAAUCCUCGCUGAACAGGUUUUGCGUAUAGCAAUGCUGUUGUCAUCUUCUGCCACUGAGAGAAACGACCAUGCUGGUGAAGACAUUUUAUUAUCAGUCAGGUAGUGACAGGGUCAGGCUUGGGACCUGCGAGUAAGGCGCGAUAGAUGACGUAACCAGCGCGUCUCGGACGGGCGGCUACUCCGCCUGCAAACCUUACUCCUAAUUUCAUUAAUAUAUCGGAUCUUUCUAUCGGAAAAAUGCACCUAUCGGACCGAUAAAAAAUGACGUAAUUUCCCCCCAAAUCGGCCGAUAUUUUAUCGGUCCGAUAAAUAUCGUGCAUCCCUACUCAGAACACUUUAUCUUUUCUCCUCUCCUUACCUUUUCUCCUACCACUGAACAACGGAGCAAACUCUUUCCUCGUUACUCUUACCACUAGAGUUGUAACAGCAGAAUCUAAAUUAACACAGUACUAGUAAAAAUUAGAAAAUGUCGAUUCCUGCUUGGAUACCACAGUAAUGUAACAGGUUUUUGAAAUCCAUCUUAUAUUUGACUAUCAGUCAGCACAUUGUGCUGUACUGGAAAGAUCAUUAAAAAACAGACCAACAUUUGGCAUGCUGUGAAUAGUGAUAAAAAAAAUACAACAGGAUGUUUUUCCUUUUUUUUGUUUGUUUGUUUUUUUAUUUGUAAUUUUUCUUUUGGUGACAGUAUUAUAUCAGACAAUGUUAAGGGAUCUUGCACGUAAACCUAUAUUUACCUGCUGCGACCCCCUCUCCCCCUUUAAUGAACCUGUUGUACAUUGACUCAACUCGUCUGUGCCUAAGACUAGGGAAAGAAGAUGUUAUAAACUGCUGUUUUCUUCAGUACAUUGUAGUUUAUUACUAAAUAUCUGUGAUAUGAAUUUUUAUUCCCGCUCUGCUUCCCUGUUUGUAUUGUUUUGUGUGAAGUUAUUAAUGUCAAAAUGCCAUUUCCUGAGAGAGCUAGACUGAAAGUAUUUCUUCAACCAAACAAUCCAGCAGGGUUUUUCAGAGAUGAAAAGUGUUUAUCAUUGAAUUAACUGAGUGAUUGCAAAGUUAUGAUGAUUAUCAGCAACAGUCACAGUCCACAUGUUUCAUCUUUUUGGAUUCAAGACAACCGAAUCAUCAGUUAAAAUACACUCACAAGCAGGUCGAUGUGUUUUAAUGGAGAUACAAAUCCCAGCAGUGCUAUUUUUUGCCAACAUUAAACAUGUAAUGAAACCCUUACUUGAUUGCUGUGCCUCCUAGUAAAUGCUAUUACCUGUUUUACUAUGAGGUGGAGGCUGUGCUGGCCCAGGUGAUGUCACUGCCUCAGUCUGUUUAAACUGACAUCACAUUUAUAGUGUGUUUUUAUUAGAUGCUAAUAUGACCCAACAAAUGCCGGUAAUUGCAACCCUGAGAGAGAGAGGGAGAGGAGUUAGUGGUGUAGUGACUGUGACGGAGGACAGAGCAGAGACGCACACAGGAAGCAGGAAGGAGAGACGUCCCUGCGAUAACAUGGUAUUCUUUGAAACUAUCAGUAGGUUUGUGUUUGAGGUUUAAUAAAUAUUUGUGUUUUUUGCGUUUAACAUUUCUCCCAACUUCCCAGCUUCAAAAUAAAUUGAACUCAUUCAGGUCUUUUCAGAUACAGAAAAUAACCACUGGUUUGUAUCUGUGGGUUUGCAAAUCAUGCCAAGAAAAAUCAAGUUUAUGUCACUUUUGAAGCAACAGAAUGCUAAUAUUUGAGUUCAGUAAGAAAUCGACGUUUGCUGAUUUUUUUUUUUUUUAUAACAGCUUGAGCCUUCAUGCAUCUCUGCAUGCUCCCCACCAGUCUUUUUCAUUUACUGUUGGGUGAUGUUAAGUCAUUCUUGAUGCAACAACUCAAGCAGCUUGGCUUUGUUCGAUGGCUUGUCAAGUGACCACCAUGUCAGCCCCCCAAUAACCUAAAUAAAGUGUGCAGGAUUAAAAAUCAACAAAAAACAUACAUCAUGAAAGACCAUCAAACAUACAUCUUGGGGGAAAAACACACCAUAUAACAGUUUGCUUUUUAGACAUGAAACUCUGUAGCCCCCAAAAUGGUGUUAUUUUUAUUAUCUCAUGAUUUAUCUUUGAGUUUGGCAGCUUUGAAUCGCUCCCAGUCAAAUUGCUAAUUAAUAUCUGAAGGGCUGGAUUAGGUUUUGGGGCUGCCAGCUUAAAUCAUUUUUCAAAAGUAUAAAUGUUAGUGAAUUGAUAACUAGAAUCAUUCAUCAAUUUAAUAAGACACGGUGAUCCCUCUCAUGUUUACCACAGGCCUUAUUAUCCUUCCUACUUUGUGCCCAACAAGUGUGGGGAUUUGUGUUGGAUAUGGACUGUACAAGAAGUGUCUUCUGGUAAUCAAUCAUCUCUCAUCGCUGCUUGAAGGGACACGCUUCAUCUAACAAAGAUUAUAAUUAGGCACCCUUUCAUUCUGUGUAACUUUCUGAGAGGUUUAUCCUUGUGGAGAGGAACAAUCAGUGUACAAGGUCCCUUGUCAAGCAUCUCCACCCUCUCAGAGAGUUAUUUUGAGUCUGGAGGAUAAACCUGUUCUCCCAUGGUGCCAGAGACAUGAAAGGGAUACCUGCCUCUCAUACAAAUUAGUUACCUACCUGCAAAGUCUUCCCAUUUUGGUGCCAUUACAAAUAUGCAAAUGUAUUCUGACAAAUCCAAAAGAAUUCUCCUUCCCUAGCAGAUAGAAAUGUUUAUUCCAAUGAAGUGUUGACUGACUACCCCAUGGGUCACUGUAAAUGUGGGCUUUGCCAAAACAACACGCAUUCACUAUUGUACCUUUGUAAUUAACAAGGGAAUGUGUGUCACACUAGACCUGCUGCUGUCUUUGUUGUUUUUGUUUUUUUUUGUUCUUUCAAACAUGGUGAAUCAACAAUGUUAUUAUAUUACCAGGGGGAUUUAGAGUUUCUGUUUUAAUUAAUUUGCUGUGAGAUUGUGUGCUUUAAAAAAGUAUUUCUAGCUUGCGGGUCAGGACAAACACUAAUAAUAAUAGCCAGGGUGCCGUGUUGUAGUCAAGACAAUCAGCUCUGAGGCUAGGGCAUCACCAAGACUAAGGUGUAUCAAGACAGAGACAAGACCGAGGAAAGAGUUCACAGUCGGGAUCAAAACAUAAGCAGAGUGAGACUGUGUUAAGACCAUGAGCAGUGCCAGAUCCACAAUAUAAGGAUGAAUUGCACUAAGUAUAAAUGAUAGAUCAUGCAAACCAAGAAAGUUCUUGAAUUAAACUAAAAGGUCCACAUUUGAAAAAAACAAACAAAUGCAUAUUAGGAUUGUAGAUAGGACUUUAUAAAUCCAGCAAUAGUUGUGACGGUAUAUCAGUAGUAUACAGGUAAUUAGUGAUAUACUCACAGUAACACCUCGACUGUUUUUGAAAUAAAAUCUGUAGUCUCUUUUAAUGAGUCUGAGACAAUUCCAAAAAAUCCAUUCAGAUAUGUGGCCAAGACCUUUCAAAGACGAUCUUGAGAUCUUGUCUUAAACACAACAAGGAUAACUCACAGAAUGCAAAAAUGCCGAGAAGUAUAAGUCAACAAGAUCUGAAAGCAGCACUGAUGAUUUCUUUUAUCUUGGGGAGCUUGCAUCAAAAAUAAUAAGAGGUAUUUUAGCUACAAUUCAAAGGAAAUAAUAUUUUCUUCUUUCACUUUCUCAGUACAAAAAAAACAAACUAUUCAGAAAAAGCACAAUAAUAUGUUUUGAUUCUGUAUUUCAGAAAGAAAACAACUCAGAAUAUUUUUCUCCCCCAACUGUGGAAAUUACUGGCUUUUUUCUUUGACUGAAUCACAAAGGGCACAACCUUGAUGGCUCAAUGAAAGGGGCCGAUUUAAAACCAGAGCAAUUUGCUCCCAGUGUUUGCUGUGGCAUUUGAUUUGAAAUUUCUUAUUGCAUGAGAUCCCCUGGGGAUGAGGUAAUAAGUUUGAAGGGUUGCAAUAAAAUUUUACUGUAGCAGGGUAGCAUUACAGCAUGUAUUUGACAAACCUGUACAUUCAGGUACUUGCAUUAAAGUUUUAUUAAGGUUACAAGCUGAUUAUUCAGUACCCAAGGAUCAAGCACUGUGAGAAAUACUAACAGCUUCUGCAGGCAUGACCAACCAGGGCUGGAAAUGAACUUUUUCAUUUGGUAGCACUGGUGCAGCUAACUUUGAAAAGUUAGUAGCCUCAGUCCCUAAUGCUUCAGAGUGAAGUGCACUGUUCCAUUUUCAUAGCUGUACCGUUCAAACUCUGUCAGCCUUUAUUUUCCACAUUCACCACUUAACUGUUGUCAUCAUGAACUUCAGUGGUUGUAUCUUCAUAACGCCAGCAAGUAUUUUUGAAAAAUAAACUGUGGAAUUUAUUAUUUCAAACUCAAAAAGAUUUCAAAGUUGAUGCUCUUCUGUUGAAUCUUCUCCACCCAGGAAGCGGAGUCCUUCUGAGGCCUGUGUUCACCAAACAACCUGGCAGUGUAGUGUUCCCCCUUCAAUCUGGCGAGAAUCGCAGAGAGGUGGUGUUUAGCUGCGAGGCCCAGGGACACCCACCACCCUUCUACAGGUAACACUUGAUGGCAUUGCUUUGUGCAUACAGUUUGGCUUUUUAUUACACAGGUGCAAAGACUCUGCUGAAGCUUUCAAGAGCAACAUUUGUCUGAACGCCCAUGUGAGACUGAUUUUGUUGCCUUGGGAAAUCUGGGGAUUUGUGGACCUUACGGCUGACUGCAUCUAACUGCCUGCAGUGCUUAGUUUUGCUGUCAGUCAUGGUAAAUUUUUGAAUGAUGAGUUAAUUUGCCCCAGUUGUUGUUCUUGUUUUAUAUUUUCAUAGCAGUCAGACUACAUUGAUCCCCUGUGGAAUAUAUUUUGAGAGCUUCUGUCAGCAGUGUCUGUGAUCGCCGAAAAGAUCAAGUGACCCAAGAAAAUCAUGCUCUAGAAACCUCCUGCUACCACUGCAGAAAUCAGCUGAAGAACUCUAGUGGAGUAUAUUUCAAAUACAAGACACGAUUCUGUAGGAGUUGUCUUUCCCUAUCUCAGACUUAAGCCUGCUACAGUUUUAUGUACAGCAUCACUGCCCAAGGCUGCACAGACACUGCUACAGGGCAUCUGAUUUGGGGGUUAUCACGACAUGAUAAACAUCAUUCAGACCAUUUUAUGGACUGAGGUGCAGGAAAAGCGUUGCUACCUCUCGUCCUUGUACGCUGCUCUUGGUCUGCCAGGUUGAGCGCUCCUUCUGCAGUUCUUGUUCAAAAGUGCCCAGUUGCACUGCUGCUAAAACGAUGACAAAUGAGAACAAAUGACAAACAGUGAUUUACUUUAAAGUGCAUCAAGCGCAUAAGCUAUUAAUUCAUAGUCUAUCAAAUAGGACCGCAUAGCUGUUGUACUCCUGUCAGUGUAAUUAAAUGCAAAUUGCAAAGUCAAGCAUUUAAUGUGUAAUAGGUUGAAACGAUCCCUCAUAACAUCAGCAUAUGUGGCCGUUAAUGUAGCUUGAAGAUCCUUGGUGUUAUGCUUAAUGGGCACAAAUUAAAAUGAAUGUAGAUCUUAUCACUUGGAUCGGCUGGAAUACUUAAUAAGCAAUCAGUCGCUAUUUUACUGUCUGGAUAGUCCUACUCCUUAAAAAAUGAAAAUCACUUUAUAAGUUCAAACUCUCAGAGUUUUUUGCCCCUCGAAGCUCAAGUUCUGAGAGCAUGCCCGGCUCCAUAUCAAAUCAAAUUUUGCUCUAAUUAGCUCUUUAAUUACAGCAAGAGUCACCAACUGUGAUAGCUGAUAAUCCAUAUUAAGAUGUGAUUUCCUGAUUGAUAACAUGCUGUUCUGAUAUCAUACUUUCAUCCCUCUUUAUUGUUGGUCUAAUAUUGAAAAGCACACAUUGCCGCCUUGUUAGUUUAAUCAGCAUGCAUCACAGUGCUGUAACUGCUGCUGCAAUCUACUCCUUUUUUUUUUCAACCAAAGGUCACUUGUGCCAGCUUUGAAAAUUAGUUUUGAAGCAUUUUGGGCCCUUUUGAGGUUCAGCAGCAGGACACCAUAUGCUGAGUGACUCUUCACUGCUGAGUAUGAAGGCAGUUCUUUUUCAGGGCGCCAAGGACAAAUUAAUUUGUCUAAGACUACCCAAUGACCGCUGCCACAUAAAGCCCCACUCCAAGUUGUCACCAUGGCCCCUUGAUUUGUCUCAUCUGGAGCUCUUGGACCAGUUCCAGCUGGAAAAACCAAAUCAUUAAAUCAAUCUAAUCAGCCAAUCUGCUGUUGAGCACCGCUCUGUUGCAUGUGUUCCCCAGUCCCCCCUUCUUCAACCCUGCCUCUCACUCUGUCUGUCUUUUUGCCUGAAUCCUUACCUCUGCAGACGGAAGAGGAAAUUCAGCGAUAAAUAAACUCAGACUUCUUUUUCUCAGGGAGCAGCAGAAUCUAAUCAGGACCAAGGAGCUAACAUUCAACCUAAUUGUGCCGUUUUUCUUCGAUGAAAAGCUCUUCCUUGAAAAUCUCCUUCUGCAAGUGUCACUUUUCUUGUUAGUCUGUGUUUACCCUAUUCUUUUUUUCUCAUUUUCUUUCCCUUUGAAUGUAAUUUGGUUUUGAGAAUGAAAGUGCCAUUUGCACACUAACUUUUCCCCGGCAUAAUGGAGACAGUUUCAGCAGCCUAUUCUACUGAUGAAAUGUAUCUGACUAUGUUAAGAAUGUCGCUGUAAAAUCACUGAAAUCCUUUUUCAUGCCAUGUUUUACAGCAAAUAGAAAUGAAACCCUGCUGUGUAGAAUAUGGUGACAUGCCACAUUUGUCCUCAUCAUAAACAUGUCCUUUUUUUAGUAGCUCAUGUACCUUAAUUGUUGAAAAGUGAACCACAUUUAUUGUCAAACUUAAAUCAAACCAAACAAACAUUCCUCCAGUUAAGAGGUAACUGCUGCUUGGUCUCUUUGUCCCAUCUUACAUGCAUACGCUCUUGCUGGUUUAACAUAAUAUUCAAAACAAGAGGUUUAAUCAAAAAACACCAUUAUGGUGUGCUCUGCAUGUAGCUCUUUUGUUCUAGCAGUCCUGGUGUUUGGCCAUAGCUCCUGAUAAUGACUGCGAUUGUAAAGGAGGGUUUAGAUUUCUGGGGAAGGGGAGAUGACAAACAGGCUGAAAAGACAAAAAAAAAAGAAGAGAAGACGUCAGAAGAAUAUAGAGCGUUUGAUUCGUAAAAAUGAGUUGUGUCUGAAAUGAGAAAGCCUGAAUAGAACUCAACAGUCUUUUGAAAUUACUUUUGCUGAUUGCUUCUCAUUUUAGUCAUUAUCAUUUUGGUUGUGCUGCAACUCCCUGAUAUUUCUCUGAAUUUCUGCUUUAUUCAGGGUAAGGGCUGUUUGGUCACAGUUUAGACUGCUGGGUUGUCACUAUAUUACAUAAAUUAGGCUUUGAGCCAUAUGGCUGGGUGUUUCUGCAUCAGCAGCAGUCUGUAUAAACAAUUCACCAGCAUUGAUAAUUAGACACCAAGCACACGGGCAUGACAACACAAAGCAGCUAAACUUUCUCUAUUAAGGACUCUUUAUUUACUGCUUUGUUUUAUCGCCUGUUUACGUUUACAGGUGGAAACUCAAUGACUCUUUCAUCGUGCCCAGACCAGGGUCCCGCUACUCUCUCAUGGGAGGAAACUUACACAUCAGCCAUCUGAACAAAGAGGGAGAUGUUGGCGUCUAUCAGUGUCUGGCAUCAAACUCUUUUGGCACCAUUGUCAGCAGAGAAGCCAGUCUGCACAUUGCAUGUAAGUCCAUAAUGUAUUGAUAUAAAUGAUGUUUUAAAGUGACUCCUAAUAACCCUUUAAAGCGAAUAAUUCAGUAAUGCAAGAAUGUAAUAGUUUUGUUGUCUUGAGCGUUUGUGUUCAUCAUGGUUUCAUUCAUUCACUUCCCUCAUAGAUGAGUUUGGUUCACCUGAAUUCAACUUGUGUUGUUUCAGUCGAGCUCAGCCUUUGUUUGGAAAGUGAAAGUUUCUUUUAACAUCUGACGUUGUGGUUCACUGAAAUCAUAAUGACCCAGUAGGAUUCUCUGGAUAUUGUUUGUUGUCAGACCUGAUCUUCUCUGACAAACAAACAACCAGCGACGAGAGACUCUUAUAGUGGGCUGCAACUGUUUAAAGUUAUUAAUGAGAAAAGGCAAAUUAAUCAGCCAUGUUUCUCUAACGCUAUGAAUUCCUCCUUUAACCCUGAUUAAAGCUCUACUGCUGCUGCUGCUGCUGCUGUUUAUUCUGACUGGUGGCUCUGAGCUCCUCACUUCUCAGUGAUGAUUGUGUGUUGGGCCUUGACAGACCCCGUAUAGUUGAUGGUUUACAGCCUUCAUCCAUCACAGUUUAUAAGAGCAGAGUGUGAGGCAUCUCUGAUGGCAAGGUGAACUUGAGACCUCCACCGUUGAUGGGCAGCUCAUAUCAAAUGACAGCCCUGAUAUCUGUGAACAGAUGGUGCAGCUAGAUUGAAUUCUGAUGUCUGUUUCUGUGCCAUUGCAGACGCACAGAUGAUCCUUGGCAGAGAGAGCACCAGAGGUAUCCAUCUAGCCAACAUUUGGCGCUUCUUUGUCACAAAGCAGCAUUAAAUCUUUAGCAUAUAGUGUAAAUUGGUGCCCUGAGUCGCCAGAAAGCUGUGGAUCAUAUUCACAUUUCCUAUCAAUAUUUUGCCGCCUGACUCGAACUGUAUGUCAUCAUGAUUGGUCUCAUCCAUUGCCUGAGCCUGACCUGGGACCAGCUGCUUUUGUCAACGGAUGAGGACAAGCAUCAGUGCUGAUGUGUCAUACAUCUUAUUUAUUGCUCUUGGUUUAACUUAAUUAAGUGUGCUGUAUGAUUGAGUGGGCCUCAGGUCAAGGGAAUAAUUCAUAGAGGAGCAGUCUGUUAUGAAAGUCAGUAUCGUGUCAUUUGUAACAGACUCUGACUCAGAGUAGCUCAAUAUUCUCUCUCAAACACCAAGGGGCUGGCACCUCCCAUGGUCUUGUAAUAACUCUGUGAAACACAGACCAAGGUAAAGGCUAUUAAUAAGAAAAUACAAGGAUCUACAAUGUGUGCUGCAGGUAAUACUAUCAAGGCUGGCAGCCUCAAACCAAAGCAAGGUGCUGCAGAAAUCAAAUGUUGAUCAGUGAUCACAGAAUAUUAAUUAUUCCUCUAAUACACAGUACUAUAGAGUUUUUCUUGUUCUUAUUAUCAUCUCUAACAGUACAAUCUAUACUUUGUGAUUGAUUCAUAGAAGUUCUUGCUUGCACAGAGAUUGUGAUCAGUAUCUUGGAUUCGCAAAGAUAAAUGAAGUACCGUAAAAUCUAAUUUGUAUUACAUGCAUGUGCCAGGCAUUUAUAAUGAUAGCCAACAUUUUUAAUACCCCUCAGGACGGAUGAUAUAACAGUGUCUGUUACCAUCUGGCAGGGCUUAAACCUCUAACUGUAUUAAGGUUCUUGAUCCUGUUGACAAUACAGACUUAAAUGUUUAAAAGGUUCUGCUGGCCUGCUGGGAGUGCUGGAAGGAAUAAUCUAGCGGUUACUGAGCCAGAUUGCGUUUCCUAAUCUCUUAGGGAUAUUUUUGGUGUAAGUGAAAGGGUUUUCACUGAUACAAGAUGCAACGUUUUACAAGAGAUUGCAAGGUCUGCAAUACAGGCAGAGUGCAUUGGAAGCUCAUCUCAAAGACAGAACAUACUAUAGACUCAAUGCUGUUCUGCUUAUAGAGCCACAAGGGUAACUCUGUGUUUAAUGGAGGGUGAAAUAGCUGUAUUUAUGAAAGCAAUGCAGGAUGCAACUCCCUUGUAUCUUGGUGCUCAUAAUUUCUUCUAUCAAAUUCGGUCCUGUUAUUGCACGUAAUUUGCAUUUUUUCCUGGCAAGAGUCGAACCCAACUGCCUUAUCUGAGUAAUUACUUUGCAAGAUUUCUAUCUUUUUUCACUUCUCUCAUUUCCAUCAGUUAGGUACUCUUUAUUCAUUGCUUUUGCUUUAGGUGAAAAUAAGUCUGUUUUUUUUUUUUUUCUUUUUGCUGGAGUGCAUUUAAGGAGAGGACAAUAACAUGCAGCUUCAAUUAUGUGACGCUGAGUUGCAUCGUAGUAUUUUGGCUUAAGAUCUUCAGGACAAAGCUAGCAGGCAUUUCCUGAUCACAGUGCCUCUCCACUGUGUUGUGAUUGUCUGUGCUCUGUUAUAAUUAGGGCUCUUUGAUAUUUAUCACUCUUCAAACUUCAUGUGCCACUCAUUGGUAGUGGUUCCCUGCAUGGUGCUUCUCUGAGAACAGAAGAGAGGGGAGAGGAGGAUACGGAAAAAUGUGAGAUUAGACAAAUAUGAAAAAAAAAACAAAAACAAAAAAAAACAUGAAUAAUAAUUUUUACCAUGCACCAGAAAUACAUGUAUUUCAAUCAGUCUGAAUGUUGAUCCCAGCAGCAGUCUUGUAUUUGGUAACCAGGCUCUAACUUACACACUCUUUGUAAUUAUGUUACACACAGAAUUUAAAGGACUGAUCAAGUAAUAGCUCAAAAGUUCUGGUGGAAGAGCUUGGUGGGGCUGAAAAUGUGAGUGCAUCUCUGGUGCAGGACAGCCAGUUCAAUUACAAAGCAGGGGGAGUGAUUGGAAAUCUUGCUGCUUUUUGAUAGACCACUGAAUUGAGAAUGUGUCAGGUGACUGUGAGGUGAUUUAUGAGUAGGGAUGGGCAUCAAGUCUCGAGCAUCAAUGAGGACCGGGACUAACAUUCUGAUUCUGCCUGAACCGUCUUCCACCAAUGAGGGAGACGCCGCUAAACACCAAUGAAGAAGAAGUUGCCGAACACCAACGAGGGCGAAGCGUAUAAGACGAAGCCACAGAGAGAGAGAGGGUGCAUUGCAACCCACAGCGGCUGCAGAUAAAAGUUUAGCUUACUUUAGCAGGAAGAAUGAACUCUUGUCUCAGUGCAACAUGAGCAACACAGUUAUAUCAUGCAAAGGAGGGUAAACGACCAACAUGAUUAAACACCUCAGGAUUCAUGGAGGAGAAAUACCUGAGUGCCCCAUCUUCUGCCGGUCUUCCGCUAACCAGCCAGAAUCAGAUAAGUGAAACAAUAAAUUACUUCUGUCUUCUGCUAACAUAGAAGCGGCAAACAAUUUGCACUGUGUACGGUGGGUCAACUUAAAUAUCCAACUAAUGUUAGCCCUUGUACUUUUUCAUAGACAAAUGACCUGAAAACAAAAAUUGAUAUUUAUAUAGUUGGUUGAAAAUAGCCCUGUGAGAAAUUCAUAGUGAAGUUCUUAAAAAGUUAGAAUGAUUUAAAAAUUUAUGGAGAAGUUCAGAAAUUUCAUCCAAAAAGAAGAACUCCUGUGAGCACCCUCAUUUAAACCAUGGAUUCUUUUUUUUUAUAUCCUGCCUUUUAAAAGAAUCGGAAUAGAGAAUCGUUAGGAACCGGAAUCAAAACGAGGAAUCGGAACCAGAAUAAUUCAAAAUCAAACGGUACCCAACCCUUUUCAUGAGGAAGUAUAAAAUCAACAUAGGUGGAAAUGACACUGGCUCACAGGCAUAACUUCAUGUGUGGUAGCAUGGUAGGCUAACCCACAACUCCACAUGACACCACCCCACCUCAACUUACCUUCAGAUCGAAUCAAAGGCAACUGUGAGUGUGUACCCAUGAAACAUCGCUCCUUUGCAAACAUUUACACCCAAGAGAUCCAUGCGAAACAAGGACAUAUUGAAUUUGAGGUCUCACCAAGCAAGUUACAAUUCAGCCAUCAAGGCAAAGCUGUUGCCCUCUUUAGCACUGAGUUGUGCAGCAGCUCAUGCCAGCCAACAGCUUGAAGUUGAUGAAGCUUUGGCUUGAGUUGCUAAAUGCAACACUGAUUCUGAGAAACAUUCCCCUUACAGGCGCUGUUUUACAGCAUCUGUUUGAGUUGAUGGUGCCAUUUUCCACAGUGGGGAUAAAAGCUUCAACUCCGUGCUUCAAAAAAUUGACAAAAAGUACAGCUGUAGGGGGAAUUUCCUCACUGCAACAGCCGUCGCUGUAGGAAACAACUUUAAUAAAAAAUAAAAAAAAAUGAAAAGAGUUUUCUGAAUUAGCCACCCAUCCAUCAACAUGGUAACAGUUCUAUUCCACAGACUACUCUUGAGAGACAUCCUUUCUCCUUCAUCUUUUGCUCUGGAGAUUUGGCUGUACCUUACCGAGUUAUGUUUACUUUAAUGGGAAUUUUCACUGUAAUUUUCAGUGAAUUAGUUGUAGUCAUUUUGUAUUUUUCAGGGAGAGGUCACAGAGGGCCUUUAGUAAACCUUGGUUUACUGCACAAAAGUUAUUUUCAAAAGUAUAAUAAAAAGCUCUGAGGACUACAGCUGGCUUCAUCAUGAAGAGUCUGGACAUCUACUGACUCUGCCUGCUGCCCCCUUCACAGCCAUUACAAGUUAUACUAACAUCAAGUCAACGGAUAUAACUAACUGCAUUACUACAAGGCUAAUUCAAGUCAUUUAUUUUUGUUCAUGAAUUAUUUAUGCUCCUUAGUGUAGUACCCAGUUAUCAUACUUCCUGAUGUUUUGCACAUUUCUACUGAAGAAAGUGCAGAAAAUCCAUCUUUAAGGGCAGGAUGCUGCCAGAACAUCAUUGCUCUUUGUCCUGAGAGGCAGUCCCUGUUGUAAUCCUUAGCCUGGCCUGUGAAUUAGAUUUAGAGACUUUCAUCCUCUCAGCCUUUAAAGGAGGGGUAGGCAGGAUCUGAGGAAGUGCCAGUUUUAGGAAGAAAUCUUGAAUGUAAACACUACCCCUCCCAACCAAUUUUCUCUCAGCUCCUCCUCUUCCCUCCCACUCUGUUCCAGCAAGCCCUACCUAAAAACAGACACUCAUGCUUUUCCGUAUCGUUCCAAUUAAAUUCAGAUGUAAUGCAGAGAAUUACAAAUGGGGCUCAGUCAACGUGAAAGUAAACAGCAUUGGUGCUACUGUAGAUGCCAACAGACUACCAGCAAACACAAUCUUUGCAGGACUUCUACAACUAGGAUAAAGUGACAUACUCCAGGACCCGAGCUAAACAGUUAAAAGGCACUACAACACGUUGCAGGUCCCAUUCGACAAGAAACACUUCUGUUACAGACACUUGGCUUACUUUGUUAAAGCGGUUUACCUGUCCAGCAGAAAGGUUAUAGGGUCCGCAAGAUCCCAAAGUCUCCCCGAUCGUUUAUUCUUCAUUGACGUUGACUCGGCUUUUUAGCUCUUGUCUGGUCUUCCUACUUUUUAAGUGCCCGUUAUCCUGCCAGAGUCUCUGGUAUUUACUUAGUUUUCUUGCUUGUGUUGGCAGUCGUGGUCAAAGGAGGAUUCAGACAAAUUUCAAUACUUUCUGGGUGGUUUCUACUGUCCAAUAUUGUUGCCCGCUAACUUUGUUUGGGCUUGUGCAUGUUAUUGGAGGACAUGGAGCAUGCCUCACAACACGAGGGAGCAGCGUCUGCCUCACAACCAAUUAGGUUGGGGGAGGCAGAGAAUGGCUUUGUUUACUGUCAGAAUGAGCGGAGCGCUUAAAAAUUUUUAAAUGUUGACCACACAGAUAUAAGAGAAUACAGUGAUAUCGUGAUAUUCCCAAACGUCACCAAUAACUAGUAGCUAUUGACUGAUAUUAAAAGCUUUUUUGUAUAUACACGAAAAAAAAUCUUUAACGGAUUCCUGCCUACCCCACCUUUAAGUUCAUCAUUUUCUCACAUUGAGAGUGAUUUUGAGUUGUUUAGAUUUUGAGUUUUCUGUUAAAGUUUUGAACUUACCUGCAUUUGUUUGCAAGUCUGCUUCUGGGUCCACAACUUACCCUUGAGUCAGAUUCCAAGUUGCUGAACUAUCUCAUGCUUUUGAAUAACUUAAGUUAUUUUAAAAUGGCAUUCUGAAAACACCUUUUAUCCUUUGUCUAUAUAAGUUAUAGGAAAUAAAUAGAAAUGUAGCAGGGUUAUGUAUGGUUAUAGUACUGGUGGUACAAGCAAAAAAUUUAAACGCCAUCCGAUUGAAAGUGGUUCCAAGACUCUCCCCUUUUGUUGUCUGACCACAGCUUGGUGGGCGGUGACUAUUUCUCUGCCUGCUAACCAACAGUUCUGGCCGUUUUGACUUUGGAGCUCUAAAAAAAGAUCUGACUUUGAGAAAGAAGAAGAAGCUCUUUGAAACACCCACUAACAUGCUCACGGCCUGUAGCAUGUUGUUGAGGUACCUUUGAUUUAUCUAUCUAUUGGAUGGUCUGUUAUUCAGCCUGCCACUCCAUUACUUUAGUCUACAGUAGAAUACCUCAUAACCUGCGAUUUAAAUCUCUAACAGUGGGAACAGACAUUCAUUGUCCUUUGAGCAGUGGUGUACUCAGGCUUUUUUGGGGGUGAGCUGAAAAGACACCUGCACCAGGAGGGCAAACAGUGAAGCACCUGUAUGUAGGGCACCAGCCCACAGGAAGUUGUUGUUGAUGAAGAUCUGUGUCUCACAGCGUUAUGAAGAUAAAUAAUGGUGAGCUGGUAAUAAAAAAAACUGUGAACUAUACAGCUAGCAGCUUGGAAGUGAUAGAAUUGAAACAGUCUUCUUACCCCUGAUACCCACAGUGAAGGGUUCAACAUACUAAGUCACAAAUAAUAAGAGGGGGGCUUUGGGGGUGAAACACUAGAUUUUUAGUUCUUGGGUGAAUAUUUAUGCAACAAUUUGUGGUGGGAAUUUAAAAGAAAUGUGUAAAAUAAAAAUAAAAAAGAAUGUUACUUCGUGCACAAAUCUUAAAAUUCCAGUCAGACUUGUUUCAUUUACCUCAGGAGUAUCUAAGAAGUCUCUCUAGUGGCAUUUUUUACAGACAUGAGGGCACCAGGAGGACAAACUUUGAAGAAGUGUGUGUUCCAACAACUUUUCUAUCAGAACAAGCAUUAAGUUUUUCAGCAAUCUGAGCCCCAGUAGCUCAUCUGUUGAACUGGACCAUAUAAACUAGCCAGCCUUGGCUGCUCACACAACUCAAUGAGCCUUGGUUGCCAAUGACCUUGUCACAGGUUCACCAGGUUUCCUUCCUUAAAGGUACUGACCACUGUAGACAGAAAACAGCCCACAAGAGCUGCAGUUUUGGAGAUAGGCAGACCAGUGUUGGGGGGAAAGUGUAACUAAAUAAUUUGUUUGAGUACAAGGAUUAAUUUACCUCUGUAAUUAAAGUAGUCCAUUACAAACAGUAUUUACUUUUUUUUAUUCAAGUGAUCUUGCUGAAAUGUUACUGAAAAAAGCCUUUUUUGUCACCACAAAACAUUUCUGAUAAUCUUGCUGUUUUGCAACUAACUCAUGGCAGGCACCUACAGAGCAGAAGGAGGUAAAGCCACUGCUGUGUGUGGUGAAUUGGGGGUUCAAAGGGUUGUCAUCUAAUGUAACGUUAGUGUGCUGUAACGUGCAGGAAUGUAACACAUAACUGUUUUAUGGCAGUAAUCUUGUAACACAGCGUUGCCCAGGACUGGCACUGACCCAGUUGUUCAGCCAUUCCUAUUUGGCCCUUAUCAAAGUCACCCACAUUAUCACUAUUGUCUGUUUUUCUUGUUUUAGACACAAGGAAAUCAGUAACUGCUCACAAGCACUUGCCAAAGUCAUCGCUCCACAAUAAUCACCUAUCAGUUUUCAUAAUGUUUUUUCUGAUCUGUAUACAUCUAGAGCCAUCAUAGCAUUGUUGGAAAACUUCAAAUAAUAGACCUUUAGGAAAGUUUUUCAAACUCUUUAUGCCUUUUGUUCAGUUGUUAGGUGACAAAUGUUACCGCAUCCUAAAUUGCCCUCAAGCUGAUACUCCUACAGAAUGGCUUCCAUUUUUCUUCUCUACAAUUGCCUCUCAUUCAUUACAAUGGGUCACAUUGAUGUAGCUUGCACAAAAAAUGCAAAUUCCCAUCCAAUUUCAUGGAUCUGAAAGCACUCAAAAUAGCCUGAACCCUGGCAUGGAGAAGCACAUGGAGGUGCAGAGCCGUGAUAGGCUUGAUAAGAUGAUCCACAGGGUGCAGAACAGCUUGGGUUGUCAGGCAUUGUUGGCUUUUAGUGUGUCUAGCUCAUUUACACCCCACCAUACUCCAAAGGAAUAUUGAUCAGGAGAGCUUCAGUCUCUGUGAGUUCAACUGCUCUGAUAUUUUCUAAUAUGUGAGCCUAGCUCUAGAGAGGAGCUGAGUCUGAUCCUAUAUGUUUUACACACAAAACCCAUUUCAUGUAAUUAGACUAGCAAGCAGACUUACACAUCACUGCACUUGUUUUGUGCAGGUGCUCUUUAUUGACUACUUUACUUGAGUGAGAUGUUUUCUCUCUCUUGAAGCUGAGGACAGGGUUCACUUGUGUUUUUAUAAGAUAACACAAAGUUACAUUUCAGCAAGAUUCAAUUUAGAUGAUCAAAAAGAAAUAUAGUUAGAAAUUUAAAGAGCCUUGAGGAAGACAAUAUUCACUUAAAAUAUCGCAUUACUAAGAUACAGAAUUUAGUGUUUUACAAGUGAAAUACUGUUCUACUACAGAUAAGCUUGCUCCAGAUAACGUUAUAGCUCUUUCACACAUGCACAAUUAUACAUUUCUAGAAAUAAUUUGGCUGGUAAAUCCCAGAAUAUCAGAAUUACACUGCUAGAGAGACAGUGCAAUGCCUACAUGUUGGAUGAUAAAUGUAUAGGCCGACGUUGAGACAUCUUUAACCUUCCCAUUUUGAAAAUAUUUAACCUCCUUCACACUCGGAUAUUUGAGUUCUUCCUGUUACCGUUGCUUUUCUGGGUUUGCGCCACUCACAUAAAAACGUCAUCAUCCUCACCCACUUCAUUGAGUCAGCUUUCCGGAAUACUCCUCCUGUAUUUUCACAGUAGCUCACUCUAACUUCUUGUUGAAGUUUUGCUUGGAGGCUGGCAGGAAAAAGUCUGGAUUCAGCUGGAGCUUAAUAUUCUUUGCUCACAAAUUGGAUUUUUAGGACAUUUUUCCUGGAGUUUCGUGGAUCUGUAAUAACAGCUUUAGACUUGUACAAUUCUUACUUCCUGCAGGCUUUCCUUUGAAACACUCCUGCACCCAAAUCUGUUUCUGAAUCUUGAAAACAUUUGUGUGUGUAAAUUUAUGUGGAUAUGCACAUAUACCACAUUUCUAUGCCCAUUUUGUACAGUAAAGGUUUGAUGUGCAUUUUUCCUUGUUUCAACUCUGAUCACUUUAUUAUCUUCCACCCUCUGUGGUAAAACACUGAUCUUGACAGGUAUGAGAAGUAGAAUUAGUUUCUCAGAGUACGGCGUUUACAAAACAGAGUUAUUCAGUGUUGGAGUAAACCAGGGAGCAGACUCCUGAAGCAAUGCAAAUAAAGCAUUGAAAUAUUGUAGGGAUAUAGGAAAGUACCGAGACAUACACAGACCUGCAUGUCUGUGCAAGCACUAUCAGUGGACUCUCUUUCCUGCAGCAAAUCUGUAAUAACAUAUGGUCUGUUGUAGACUUUCUCUAACCAAACGACUCACUACAUAAAACCAUUCAGAAUCAUUGCUACUGCAGCUGCCGGGACGCACCGUCUGACUCAGCAGGUAUUUUCCCUGCUGGAGCAGCCAUAGUUUAAUAUGUUAUCAGAUAGCUCUUUAGCCUGCGCACUAAACUCAGAGAGUGUAUUAGGUUGGUAAAAAAAUGCAGCCUGAUAUAAAGAAGGCUACCUCAGAUUGAGCCUUGCUGUUUGGAUAGCUCUACAGCAAUGUCAUGUUUAGUGAUCUGUUGCCUUUUUAAAAAAAUCGACUGGAUUGUCAUGUAAUUUAUGUUGAAGAAAAAUCACUGCUCCCAGAGGAUGAACCCUUCACACUUUGUCGAUCUUCUUUGUCUUGCUCUAGCACAACUGACAGGUUGACAUUUGUGAGGUUUUUCUACAGCCUGCGUUUUUGACAUGUCACAGACCGAAAAAAACAGUUUAAGUGAUUCACUGAAUGAUGGCUGAGUUCAUUCAGCUGUUGGGGAUCAGGGUCCUGGUAUCAUGCAUGUUGGCUAACUGUUACACUGCCACACUUUAUGGAUUUGUCCAGCACUUUAGUUGAUGACCAAAUAUCCCCGAGGCCUAAUGAGUGUGCGUCAUCCUCUGCUGUUCUUUGUUUUAUUUUGCUGUAACAGACAAAUGCCAUCAGGCUAAUGUGCCAGAUUAGAAUUAUGAUCACACUAAACCUUUACCUUUAAAUGUUAUGAUACCAAUUAGAUUAUAAAAAUGUUACCAGGCCUGUAUUUUGCUGUUGGCUUUUAUCAAACAGCUCUUAAACACUGUUCCACAAAGCCAUGGCUUCAGUGUCUUGUUUUAAUCAGUGGGUAAGUCAACAUAUUGAAUAAACCCUGGCACACACACUGAAAGAUUGUUCAAAUCACUACUUCAAGAAUGACUACAAAUAAUGACAGAUUCAAUAGUUAGCACACACAAAAAGCAAUAACAAUGUUCGACUCAUUUCCUUGUCAGUUAGAUUGUGAUUUCUUUUACAAGACAAAUUGCAUAAACAUUCAUGGUGUUGCCACAAAUCCACAACUUGUUUCUCUAUUUCUGACACUCUUCCAAGAUUAUCCUUUGCAUUUGUGUUUUCUUUGGUCAUCUCGCUUCCUUAUUGGCAUUCAUUUUUUUCUAGUCCACUGAGUGCAAGCAUGGCCGCCCGAGGGGUUCUCCCACUCAAAAGGAUUUCUGAUCAUAAAUAUUGAACAUGUUUGAUAUUGACAAUUUCAAAUUCAGAAUAGCAGUGAUCGUUUUCCAAGCAGAUUGACUGAAGUAAUACCUCUCUUAUCAUGCCUGAUAAUUUGAAGAACCAUCAGAAAAUUGAACCUCCUGGUUGGAAGAGGAGAGUCUUGCCCAGAAUCAGCCCGAUUACAGAGUGUGCACCCAGCUUAAAGCUUACAUAACAAGAUAAAAGUCACAUAUUGCAGUUACCUAACAAAAAAUUUAAUUUUCUUUUUUUUACCUCAGCCUCUUUGCUUGGAUAAUUAUCUGCAGGAUUGACUUUACCAGGAUUGUGUUUGUUUUACCAGGAAAGUGCCUUAUUUCUUAGUUAUUCAAACUGAACUCUAAAUUUCAACUAAGCAGCUCAUCUAUUAUCUGAUCAAUCAAGCUUUAUUCAGAGAGCACCUUUCAUACAAAUCAACUGUAAUUCAAAGUGUCAAAGUGCUUUUUCCUUCAGCUUUGUGGUUUAUGCUCAAUGUGAAACAUAUGUAUAUAUAUAUAUAUAUAUAUAUAUAUAUAUAUAUAUACAUAUGUUUCACAUUAAGCAUGGCACACAUUAUAUGGCACACAUGUUAAAUUAUAACAGAUAAAGAAUGAAAGCUAGAUGAAACCAAACAAGAUAAAAAACAAUUUGUAACUUUUAAGUAAUGAUAUAAAUUACUAAACAAAAGCCAGACUGAAUAGAUCAGUUUUUAUAUUGUCAUCCGGUUUACAAGUCAGAUAAAAGAAAGCCUGCUACUCAAACUUUAGUUAUUUAUUGGAUUCUGGGUUCCAUGAAAAGAAUUUAUAUGGGGCCCCCAACACAGAUGGCCAAAUUUUUGAUACUUUUUUACAUAAAACUAUGAAUUUUUAUGUUACUAUUUUCUGUACACUCAUUUAGUCCAUCCUCCACAUCUGAAUUCCUUUCAACAUCUUUGUCCUCACACUCUGCCGCCUGUGUUUCUGCACUCUCACUUUCAUCUGUACCCUCUUCCAUCUCUUCCUCCACAUUCCUCCCUGACAAACCAGAAGAGGGUCUUGGACCUGGCUCUGUAGAGUGUAGGUGACAUAAAUAAUUAAAUGGUAUUUCCUAUGAUAUGACUUUUUGUAAUAGAUUCUCACAAGCAUUCCCCCAGUGAACAUGCAAACUUCUCUUAUUGGAUUGAGAGCAGUCACCCCAGUCAGCUGCACACACAACAUAUUUUUUCUUCUGUUCCCGUUGCAUUUAUUCUAUUUCAAUGGUAGCUGAAUUUUAAUAAAAUGAAAAUAGUCAUGCAUUUUAAGCCAUUAAAAUUGUUCAGAAUUAUUUUUAUUUUAAUAUUUUACUUGAUAACUGAUUAAUCUUUUGUGUGUAAUGUUUUGAGACUAUGAUAAAGUAUAACAUUAUAAUUAAUCCAACACACACAGCUGUUCACCUUCUUCCUCAUGUGGGGGCACUGGGGCUGGGUGGGGGACUGGUGGAGUUGGAGACUGACAGACAGCUGCUUCUGGUGCACUUGACUCUGUUCAUCUUUUUGACAGAGGGGAGGUCAACUGAUUGAAUAUAACCAGCUUGCUAAACGUUGGACUGCAUUACUUAUUUAACUAAAAAACAGUAAAACACAAAUAUUAAGAGUUUUCUUGAGCUUACAUGGGAAGAAAAGCGAGCUAGCCUACAAACCACAUACUAAGACAAAGUCAAUAUUACAUAAUAACCACUCAUAAACCCACCUUUCUUCGUGAAAUACUGGGUGACAUACUGUCAAUCCCUUUAGUUCUUUAUCAUCUCUUAGUUUCCUUUCUUUGUGAUUUUGGCGGCCUGAUUUUUUAGGCAUAAUGUCUUAUCUGCUGCCCCUUAGCCGCUCUGGUGCCGGCGACUGUGACAUACAGCUGUGCUGCUGGCAGCGGAUUCGAUUGGACUGAACCAUUUUAUGUAAAUAGAGAUUUUAUGUAAUAUAGCGGCUGUUAAAGUUUCCAAAAAAUAAAGUUAUUGUAACCAGGACGCUGUUUUUAAAAUGUUUGUGAUUAAACAUUAGUUAAAACUAGUGAUGCACGAUAUGAAAAAUUUCAACCGAUACCGAUAACCGAUAAUUUUCUUCUUCUCAUGGCCGAUACCGAUACCGAUAACCGAUAAAUUCAUAUUUUUACAUUUAUUAUAAUCUUCAUAUAAUCUGCAGUUUGUGCAGAAUGCAGCGAUUGAAAACUGAUGUUUUUGUUGCUCUGGCCUAUCUAGAACAACAAACAAAAGUUUUUGGCUCUUCAAAUGUGGUCAUUUGCUAUAAAUAACAAUAACAGAGCAAAAAGCAGAACUUCAUUUGAUCCCCUGAACUGUUCAACAGAACUGUAAACUGUAAAGGAGCCAUUAUGAGACGUUAGGCUUAGCAUGCUGACCGGACUAACAUCUGACGUCCAUAUGUCUGUGGUAAAACUCACGUGUAGUCCGUUCUUGUCGAUCAGGUUGUGAAUUUAUGUGGCGACAAUAUCAUAGAGUGCAGGAAGAGACACAUCCGAGAAGAAGCGGCGGCUUGGGAGAGUGUAACGUGGCUCAAAGUGUGCUAUUAACUUGCGAAAACCCGGGUUCUCAACGACAUAAAAAGGCUGGUCGUCGACCGCUAUGAACUCCAUCACUUUGUCGUUAAUGGCUUUAGCCUUUUCGCUGUCUCUUGAGAAGCUUUUGCAGUUUUUAAACGCCCGCUGAAUGGGGACAUCGAUCCUCUGUAGUGUUGUUGUCUUAGCUUUAGUACCGCUAGCAGCUUCGGCGGCUGUCUCAUAUUCUUUUACUACCGCUUCGUCACGAUGGCGACUUUUCAGAUGAGCUAUCAGAUUCGCUGUGUUAAUACUUGACGUCUUCUUUCCUCCUCUCGGAAUCCUCGCUGAACAGGUUUUGCAUAUAGCAAUGCUGUUGUCAUCUUCUGCCACUGAGAGAAACGACCAUGCUGGUGAAGACAUUUUAUUAUCUGUCAGGUAGUGACGGGGUCAGGCUUGGGACCUGCGAGUAAGGCGCGAUAGAUGACGUAACCAGCGCGUCUCGGACGGGCGGCUACUCCGCCUGCAAACGUUACUCGUAAUUUCAUUAAUAUAUCGGAUCUUUCUAUCGGAAAAAUGCACCUAUCGGACCGAUAAAAAAUGACGUAAUUUCCCCCCAAAUCGGCCGAUAUUGUAUCGGUCUGAUAAAUAUCGUGCAUCCCUAGUUAAAACAAAGAGUCAUGUUAUUUUUUUUCAGUGUAACUUUAUUAGGGGCCUCUCUGGGCCCCUUUCAAUCAUGGGCCCCUAGAUUCUUUCUCCUUUUUCCCCCCUUAUCUGCGUCCCAGGGUGUGAGCAUCGGUUAGUCAGUGUAUCUGUUGUUGGAUGAGUGGAAGAUGUGUGUGUGCAGCAUGUUGUCAGGUACAAAACCAAAGUCCGAAGGAGGCUAAAACCAACUAAACAAAACCCUGAUUCUGGUGAGGAAGAGGGAGCAAGUCCUGACUAGGCCUUAGGGUCGUCAUACCCUCCUCUAAAAAAAAAAAACGGGGUUCCAACCACGGAACCAGAGUCAACACUCACAUUGGCAGGCAUGAACAAAAUGUUUAAAUACCCAUAGUUUAAAGUAAAAUAAAGGGUCACAUUUGAACAAAGUCUACUAAAGAUGGGCUCACAGAGUCUGACAGCAAUCUAUGUUCUGUUGUAGGAAACAGCAGAUACAGCAGCACCAGACUUUAGUCCUCCAUGCAGGUUAACAUGCCUGUACUGGUUACAUCUUGUUCUGCUCGAGCGGUUAAUUAAGUCCCAUGGUUAUCCACUACUUGAACCAGAUAUUACCUACUUACAAAUUCAUCUCCAUUUAUCAGCUCAGAAUACUGCUAACCUAAGCCACACUACAGUAUGUCAUGUGUCAUCUACAUUUGGAUAGUCGAGCAAUUAUAGCAUAUGGCAGUAGCCAUUAAGGAGGGGUAGAGCCCCUGCUAAAGUGGGUGACUGCACUAGAAGUCAGAGACAACAUAGAAGCAGAAUUUCAGACCCACAAUAUCAAAAGCGUUAAUUAUCUCUCUAACUUACUCAUAAUUCUGCCACAGUCUAGUAAGGGUUAGGCAGGUUAUGCAUUUUCUAUUAUUUUCAGAUAGCUUACAUUAUUGCAUAGGAUGUGAUGUACGUAAAAUUCAAGAACAAGACUGAACUGCAUGAACUAUAUUUUAUAAUAAUUGCUUUUACACACAUUUCUGACGUAUACAGCAUUGAAAUGGUAAAUGAAUACACCUCUCAUAUUCAUUAUGGAGCUUUUCUCACCCAGAGGGAUCUAUAUAUGGCUUGUUGGUCCAGAGGGAGCCUAUGUGUGCUGAAUCUGUUCAUGCACAGUGAAGAUUUAUGCGAUUGUUAUCCAUGGAUCAGCCAUAGAUUUACAAUUGGCUACUGAAGCAUACACACAAUCUGUUUGCAGCAGAUAUCCAAAGAACAAAAUGAACUUCUAAUUAAUUUGUGAAGUCAUAGCAGAGCUUUCAUUUGUGAACCAAAAAUAAGGCCCCUUUCAGUUGUAAUAAUGUUAUACAGUUCUGCUAGAUGCAAUUUUCCAUUACUCAAAAGGUCUGCAGAGAUCAUGUACUGUAUUUAUUAUGCUGAGAAUGAUCCUGCUGUGGUUGUACACAGGAGGUGUCAGUUUUGCAUUCUUCCUCCCUGUUUUUGAAUUCAGUCUUGAUUAUGUCAUUAUAUGGCAGUCGCAUAUUUGGCUGCAAAGCCUGUGAUAUCUCCAAGAGCCACAGCAGGCAAGAAAAGCCGAGUGUUCGAGGAUUGCUGUCUCUAUUUGCUUUCUCUCAGCAGGUUGUCAACAAGUAAUCGGUCUCCAUACAAAUGAUGUUUCAGUCUUAGUCAUUUAAUUGUUGCAGGUCCGUGUGCAGUGGAUGAAACACAGAAAGUGAUAACAAUACGCAGUUCCAAUUAAAUUCACUCAUGUGUGACUUAUACUUGAGGAAUUGCUUUCUGCUCCAGUCAGAAGUGUUUUGGACUUUACAGCAUUUUGUCUGCAUUUAUGCACACAUAGCAUGGAUGUUUCAGGAAAAUAUGCAGAAGUUCUGCAUCACAUGGCAGCGGCAAACUCCAGUCAGAAGCUUUGUUAUACCAGGAUAUGAAAUUAUUGAGCAGCCAUAGAUAUGACUCCAAGUGCAUUUUUAUCUCUGUAAACAGCCGAGUAUAACCUCUGUGGUUCCCGUGUGCUUUUGGGUUUUGGAGAAAAUGAAUUGAUUAUUUUGCUUUAUUGCUUUUGUGUUUUGGCAAACAGACCUGGAGAACUUCAAGACCCAGAGACGAAGUCCAGUGAGGGUUCGUGAAGGUCAAGGAGUGGUCUUACUGUGUGGCCCACCCCAGCACUCAGGAGGUAAGACGGCUUAUUGUUAGUGUUUAAUCAGCAUUAUCAGAUUCUGUUUUGAUGAGAAGUUAUUCAUGCUGCAGCUCAGCGAACACUCAUUGAAAGUGAGUAAUCAGUAAUGUGGUCACAACAGUGCACUAUCACUUUUCUCAGCCCUUAUCUACUCCAUGUUUAUCUGGACAAAGUGGAAGUCAUGUUUGCGCUCACCCCCUCAGAUCUCCUGGCUGUUUGUUUGUGUUGUUGAGGUCAGUGGAGUGAGUCAUUUUUACUUUGGGACACUCCGGCCUGUCAGCCUGAUUUUCAGUGGGGGCGAGGAAAAACUUUGGCAUGCCAGCUGAAGAGGCUGUCUGUGGCUGGGGCCCUGCCAGGCUGAGUAAUAGAGCUUCUCUAUGAAGGUGCUUUGUUUGCUUCUCAUCAGCCCUUUGCAUCCAUGACACUAUCAAUGGGAGUUAGCAUCCAGUGCUAUUAACUCCCACACAGGGGUCUGGAGAUGGGCUUUUUGUUCUGGCAGCCAGCAAGGCUUGAUGUAAUUAUCCACAGUUGGAGAAUAAGGAUGUACUACAACAUACUGAACACAGCAGGCGGUGGGGUUGGGGUUGAGAUUGGGAGGGAGGAUGUUUGUUUGAAGUCAGUUAUGAAGAGCAUCUUAAACGCAUUAACUCUUUGGUUUAGUUUUGUGGUAAAAUUCAUUUGUAUUUCUCUGGAAAACAGUUUAAAAAAAACAAAAACAAAAAAAAACAAUAAUACAGGUAACUGGCCCUUUACAUCAGUAGAGACUUUAAGUUGAGGGCAGAUGAGUCAAAUAAAAAAUCUUUUUAGUCAGGAACUUUCUGUUGGGUAUUUUAGUAUUGCAAAUCAGUUAAAUAAAGCAGUGAGGUUCCAGUUCAGGUCUCUAAUGAAUAUUCAAUUGAUUUGAAUGGAAAAGCAGAUAAACAGGAGUAAUAAUGUAAAAAUGGAAGAUCAAUGUAAUUGUGUCACAAUUCAGGUGACCAGACAUCCCCGAUUUCCGGGGACAGUCCCCGAAUUGGAUGACCAGGGGUUAUUACGAGGGGCCUGCGCUGCUACUAAAUAGUCCCGAGAUGUUGUCUGUGAUCACGCAGCCCCGUGACCCCCCCCCCCCCCCGCACCAAAUGUCCCCGGAUUUCAUUACAGAAAUCUGGUCACCCUAUGUUAAAUUUUAUACACAUUUGGCAUGAAAACACAAACUCUGUUGUUAUUAAUAAGUCGUGUGUGUCAUGUUGCUGAUUGUUACUUUUAAAAGUAAAAUCAUUAGUUCUAUUAUAUCCACUAUAAAAUACUGUAAGAUGCUGAUAGUUAAAGACAGAAGCAUGUAAGCUUUAGUAGCUGGAUUUGAAUGCUAUUUACAUAUUGAACACAAACUAUUGGCUUGUGCUGUUUUGUGUGAACUCAGGUCCACUAAUUUGCGAGCUGCUACAGUGCAAAACCAUGUCGUUGAGCUGCUGUAGUGAAAACAGGAUAAGGUGUUUUCAUCCCACUUACAAACCGCACAGUCGCCCUGCAUUUGUUAUGCUUUGCUUCUAUAUGUUAAAAUGAGACAUCUCACCUCUUCUUCAAAAGGAAAGCUGGAACAAUGAGCCAUAUGUUUACAUUUGGCAUCCUUGUAGUGCAGUUUUUUUUAGACAAUUCCCCUGAUGCAUGGUAUCCAAAUGCUAACACACAAUCCAUCCGGCUAAAAAGAAAACAGCAGCAGUGUUACAAGUGUUAGGCCCAUAGCUUUUUUUGGACCCAGUCAGGACACUUCUACCACAGCCUAUUUGUUUGUAUUCAGCAGAACAUCUGUUAUUUAAAGGGAAAUACCAUAUAUAUAGGCAUUAAUUAACAAAACGUUACUAUAGAAGCUUGAACUGCGGAGAGGCUAUGCAUGAAGGAGGAUGGGUAAGUUCUGGGCAAUAUGGAAGUGCAUUUUCAGGGAGUGUAUUGAUCAAUAGUUAGGUAGCAUUUUAAAGGCAAGCUAGAUGUGAACUAGCAUUGACCUAUUUCCUCUUGGAUAGAUUACAUGCAAUGUGCACCAGGUGUGGGUGGUGUAUUGGUUUCAGCACCGUCACAGGUGUCAAUUUCUGCCAUGAUUGUUGAUUUUGCGAGACAUAGUCAUCACUAGUUCAAACUAGAACUGUCACUAUAUACCAGUCAUGACAAAAUAUCUUUAAAAAAAUGAAAUAUUAAUGAUGUACUAAAAAUAAGCACUUUGCAUUACAAAGAUUGUCAGGUUGAGUUUACAAUAACCCUGGAAGAGAAGGCUGCUGUGCAAAAGCAACAAACUCAGGACAAAAAAGGAAUAACAGAUAUCCUCAAAAGAAUGAAAAGGCCAAAAAGAUCACAGGGAGGGUGCUUAAAUUUAUUGCUUUGGAAAGCCAGCCCAUUUCUGUGGCAGAGAAUACCUUUUUAUUUGUAAUGUCUUUUGGAUCUUUUGGAGAGAUGGAUGGAUGUCCUGCCAUAAAUUGAUUGAGGUUAGUUGAUUUUGUAAUCUGGCUAUUUAAAAAGAGUGAAAAAAGGAAUGAUAAAAAAAUAAUGCUAAAAAGCUGAUCUAAUGUCCAAUGUUUACAUUCUCACCAUCUAGUAAAAGUUGCGUUUAGCAGCACUGCCUUGAGUUUAAGUGUGCAGUAUUAAAUGCUCACCAGUUUUGUGACUCUCAUACAGCAGAGCAUUUAAAACAGUCUGAGUUUAACAACCAUGCUAGCUGGUAGAGGUAUGAAGACUAACUGAUGAGAAAUCCUUAUUGAUUGUGAUGUUUGAGACCUGAGUGUACUGGUCUGCAGCUUCCUGGACUGGUUUAAAAGCUAUGAUCCUUUUCAUGUUUGAAUCAGCUUUAUUCUUUUAUUUGACAGUUAAGCUCUUUGUUUUAAAAGGGGAGGGAAGCCAACAUAUACAGUAUGUGUAAGUUACAAAUAUCAAUACUUUAUUGACUGUCAUAGUGUGGCUGGUGUUUGCAAUUAUUUGAGUUUGUACUGUAUGUCCAAUUUUUCAUCUUAGAAAAGUUAAAAAACACUGAGUGAGAAUGAACUUGUAUUAUGAUAAUAAAUUUACAAAGAAGCAAGGGCAAUAACCAAACAGACUGAAUCAUUUUUUUCUCGAGAUCAUAGCCAUUAAGGGGUUGAAUUGAAUUAAAAAUCACUGAAUUAAAUUUAAUUUGAUCCUCUUUUUAGGGUGAGAUUCCCUCCCUUCUAGCUGGACUAAGAAAUGAAAAAGCUUAGGACUUUUUGUUUUGGUUUUGUUGACUGAACAAAACAUUGCUGACUUAAGUGUUUACACCUCUCAAUAUGGAGAGGAGGGACUUUAACUUAAAGCAUCAGCAUGCACAUACAACAUUAAAAAGUUUUUGUGUUUCGGUUUGUGGAGUAAGGUUGUGGAACAGAUUAGUUGUGGAGCUCAAGAAAUGUCCAUGCAUGACCCAGUUUAGAAAACGGUAGACUACAAACACAUGGUUCUCACCAGGUACAGGGAGGAAAAUGGGCUUUAGCCAUCAGGGGCCUGUUCUACGAAGCAGGAUUACUGCUUAGCGAGGUAACUUUGAGGAUAAGUUCGGGGUUUCCUGUUCUACGACGCGGGUUCACCUCUUAGCGAGGCGAGUCUCCAUAGCAACAUACGCUGAACGGCUAAACUGCUCCAGGGCAGGUUAAGUUCCAGAUUGAACUCACCGAGUAUAAAAACCCCGCCCACUGACCAAUGAGCUCUCUUGAAAAACGGCUUGUCCGUUCUCGGAGGAUCCUGUAGACCUCGGUGCUCGCAUUGUCCGAGGAGGAGCACUCCGGCUGGCGAGAGUUUACAGGAAGAGUUUUCUCCGGAUGACCACCUUUAUGAAAGGCUUAUAUGGCCGACAUAUCACACAAAACAUGUAAACACGAUAGGAAUGAACAAAUGAAUGAAUUCAUCUGGGAAAUGAAUGGGCAUGGGCUGCAGGGGCUGCGCGAUCACAGACAACAUCUCGGUACUAUUUAGUAGCAGCGCAUGCCCCUUAUAAUUACCACGUAAAUACUGUUGUUCGGGACUGCUUACUUGUGCUUCCUACCUACUGUAAUAACCGUUGUUCUAGCCCACAUGCAACAUUUUUGUUCUCAUUCAUGAAACGCUUAAAUCGGGGACAUUUUCGGGGACAGCUUUAGCCGGGGACAGAUCAUCCAAUUCGGGGACUGUCACCUUAGUUAAAAGCGCAUGUUGAACAGCUCUAUUUCAGGGUGAUAAUGACAUCAAAGAUUACUUUUCUGCCAGCAUUCCCUCCGUGCUUUUGCGGCGGCGACAGUGUUGCUUUUGAGGUUUGUGAUAGCUUUCAAUUCUUCAUACUUUCUCAUGAUCGUCUCCUGUUCCUCGUUUGUAAAGUCUGCGGUCCUUCACUCUCCAGCCUGCUCUGACGCUCCAGACUGAUCCAUGUUCGCGAUUGGUCAGAUGCGGCCGGCUCCGCCUUAUAUGUGUGCACGCGCUCAUAGCAGAGCUGGAUCCACUUAUGAGGUCGAUAACCAGCGUCGUAAAACCGCUUAGCGAGACCGCUGGCUACCGCGCUAAGUUGAGCGAGGUAGCUCCAAGGCUACCUCGCUAGGUUGAACCUGCUUCGUAGAACAGGUCCCAGGUGUUUUCAUCAAUGAUUUAUGUUCCUGUUUAUUCACUCUAUUUAUUCUCUAUUUUUUUGUAAAUAUAAUGUAAAUAUGUUGGAGAAACUGACAGUUAACCGAGUAGCGGAGGAGGGGUAGGUUUAAACAAGCAUCAUGCUUCAUCCUUCCCCUUUUCAGACAUGUUGGGUUCACAUUAUUAUUAGUAGUAUUCAUCCAUUCAUUCAUUCAUUUAUUUAUUUAUUUAUUGCUUUGAGUAUUGUUAUUGUUGUUUUUUACAUUCUCAUUGGUUUUGUUUGUUUGUUUUAGCUUAAUUUCUUGUGUUGCACGCACGUUUGAAAAAAUUUACAUAUAUAAAUAUAAAAAAGAAUAAAAAAGUCAAAUAAUGAAUGGGGAACAGAAGGCUGAUGGGCCAUCCCUAGUAAGAACUGGACACAAAGGUUAAUAAAAUUAGGGUUAUAGCGAGUGAACAAGGGUUUACAUUAGCGACCCCUUUUUUAUUUUUUGUUACUCUGACAUAAUACUGUUUCCACAAAAUGUGUGGAAGAAUACCUUGAUGUAGGUUUUAGAUCAUGAUGCCCCCUCCAAAUGUGCCAUCACUGCAUGAACAUGCCACAGGUGUGUAAGCUGAUGGAAGAGGGAGAAAUAUUUUUAUCUCUAUUAACUAUGAACUAUGCUGACAUUGUUCAAUUUAUAUUACAAUCCCUGAGUCAAAAAAAAAAAAUCUGUUUGUAUGGAUAAAGCUCAAGUCUUUCCAGAUUCAUACAUCGGCUUUGUACUAUACUUAGUUAACUGAUAAAUUCCCUGUAUGGGGUUAUGGCAGCAUGUUUGAUCUAUUUCAGUAAUGCAGGAAAACUGAAGGUCAUCUUGUACAAAGUCUGAAUUUUAAGUCUCCAAUAAAUGUGUCUAUUUCUAGAGUAUUCAGAGCAAGUUCUAAUUCAUUAGUUCAUUUCUUUUUCGACUGUGUGAAGUCACUUCUUGUGAAAUUGGCAGAUAAUUUCCCCAGUGUGUGCCACGCAAAGGCUGCAGAGCGGACUUUUUUUUAUCACUUAAUCGGCAAAAACAUGUUUUGACACGUCAGUCAUACGUGGACACAAUGAUCAAAUUUAUUUGUGACAAGUAAAAAAUAUCUCAAGGGUAACUGACUACUUCCAGACAAAUUUUGUUUUUAGAUUUGGAAGAUUUGUAUAACAAAGAAGGAUAAGGCCAAGAAGGUUUAGACUUAAGGUCUUUACUUAUACUUACCUUUCAAGGCUUUAGAAUUAUUCAGGACCCCUGCUGCUCAAUUCAUAAAAGAACUAGAAGUGUUGAAUGUCCUUGACUGGGGGUAAAAUGACUCUUAAAGAAAGUGAACUUCACACCUGCGUUUGAAAGUAUAGAAACAAAAUGAAUGAUGAAUUCAGUUUUACUAAGUCACAGCAGGUGGGUGGCCACCCCUGUUGUGGAUCUAACAGUGUUUGUGCCUCACCUCCUCUGAUUAUUCACAUCUUAACGUAUCUCCUUUUUAAAUCAAAUUUUCUUUCAUUGUUGAUAAAAAGGGAUGCUUUACAUUUAGAAUAGCAGAUGGUAAAUCCUGCAGGGUAUUGUGUCAUUCGUCAUCUUUUGUUGCUUUACCCUGUGCAAUAAAAUGAUUCCAAGAGACUAUUUUAUUUGAACUAGUAUUAAAUAUGUAACAUCUCUCUUUCCGCGCUCAUCUCAUAACAUUCAGGAGAAUCCCCUGGCUUCUGAUACUGCUCUUUGCUCAAGACCUCCAGCUGCUUAGUUCUGACUGCUAUCUUGCAUAUUUGACAAAGUCGCAGAUGUUUACGAAGAUGUCAUUGGAGAUGCAAUAUCUGGGUCUCGAUGUUUUUAUCUUGAGGGGCUUAUUAAAUAAUUCUGUUUAAUAAUUCAUGUUUAUCUUGUCUGUCAUUUGUUUCUAAAACUGACUUCCUUUAUUUAGACUCUCAGCUCCCCUUGGACUUUCUCAAACACGACGAUGAUCACUUGGGACUCGAGUCCUGCAGGGCAUGUUGUCAGUAACCAACUCGGUUUGCAUUGCACCUGGCCCAUAUCUGUCACAUCCAGUCUGAUAGGAAGCCUGUACCUGCUCUUAAAAGGGAAUGAUAACCACAGCCUCACAAGCAUAUAAUCUGAAGCGCUGCUUACCUUUUUUCCAUCAUCAUCGUAUUGGAUGCAGAGCAAAUCCAAGCAAAAUACUGUGAUGCCACUGGGCUAUACAUAAACUCAUAUUAUCAAUGGCAUUAAUGUUACAAUAAAAUAUUACAUUAUGAUAUUUGAUUUGAAAAGUGUUCUGCAGAAUUAUUUUUAUGCAGAUUGGUUGACAAUUCCCCUUGCUGCGUGUUCAGUUACUUAGUUUACUUCAGUUCCCUUCCGUCCUACCCGUGUUAGAAUAUUGGCCAAUUCAUUUAAGGACAAUGAGCCUCGAACAAAAAUGAUUUUUAUUUAUUUAUUUAUUUAUUUUUAGUACAUUCUCUCUUUGACUUAAUGAAUGGGAAAAAAGCAAAUCCUACAUGGAGUCCAUGGGUUGUCCACCAACAGUCAAGUCUGUUUUUGCCUGCCGGGGUUCGUUGAUGAAUUAUCAAACGACUUGUCAUGCCAGGAUAUUUGCAAAGGUAAACUGUCCAAUAACACCCAUAAAAGGGCGGCAGACUUCACUUCCAUGGGCCACUAACAUUUGAAAAUUGGCAGAUUAUGGUAGACCCAAGCAUUUUAGUGUAUCUAUAGUGCUCUGCUAGUCAGUUUUCAUGUCAGUUCAUGGCUAUAAUCCGUCUCCUGCUGAGUCUGAGGUGGGUGGUGUCACAAGCCAAGGUAGCAGGGACGGCCUGAAUAAUGAAAAUAAUAGACUCUGCAUGAACUACUAAGAAUACUACCACAUUAUACACUUAAAAUAGCAUAAUGAUUUUUAGAUUCUAUUUAAAAAACAUAUUCAGUUCAACAUGUGAGGUGUUCUGUUUUUUGCCAUUAGUCUGAGUCAUAUUGACUUAUCCUGUUUCACAAGCUUUGGUGUAUGCAGGAAAAACAGUCUGUGUAUAAAGAGCAAAAGUAAGUGGAACACACACUGUUUCAAUGACAUCCUGACUCACAUUGGCAGUAAUCAAAUGAUUGUUUUGCUUUCAGGAGCAGAUAUCGUCUUGCAAAUUAAGCUAACAAUCAGUUCUACAUCAAAACAAAUCAACUGAGACACAGAUCUGAAUGACACUGAGCUGCAAAAGCCAUCAGAAGUUAGAUUUCCCAACUAUUUGUCAUGUGACAGAAAUGAUCCAUCCAAACAACCAUUUUAAAAGUCAUAUUUCUUCCCCUCUUGAGAACACACAUGACAACAAUUUGUUAUGAUUUUCUUACCAUGAUGUCAUUUUAUCAAACCUAAGACAAAUAAUGGUUUUCCUCUUGGGUUCAUACUGCUGAGGUAAUCCAGAGUGAACAGACUCAGUGUCAACUGUAGAAAUGACCUACAGAUACCUGAAACGUAUAAAUAAACACUUACCAGGAGGAUGUACAGGACCAAGAAAUGUCAGCAUUUAUGUUGCUGAGGUAAAUGCUCUUUUUGUCAUGUUGGGGAAACAAAAUAAAAGGGAGGACCCAUAUACAAACUUGAAAAGAGAAAAGUUUAUUAAACAAAGAGUUAGCCCAAAACAACCAAAAACUUGCUUCAAAAAUGUCCAACUGAAAAUUCUAAAGGGAAAAACACAAGGAGCCAAAAUUGAGUUAACAAAGCGCACUUUUAAAAUCAUGAGGAGAUCAGGGACAAACAGAGACAUACAGACAUACCAUAAACCAACCAGGAAAGAGAGGGAGACAGGGACUAUAAACACACACUGGGAAACAAGCAACGAGAGGCAGGUGAGACACUAAGACACAAUUGCUGAGGACGGAAAACAAGACUACACUCAAUGAUGGACUACUACAAAAUAAAACAGGAAACACUGAAAACUGAUCUAAAGAAUAAAACAUUCAGAACAGGAGGGAAACAGGGUCACAGGGAACAGGAACACUAGGGAACAAAAACAGUAGGGAAAAUACACAGAGAAUAUAACUGAAUACCAAAGCCAGCAAAAAAAUAAAUUAACAAGAACAUAUAAUGAGUGUGUUCAUGUUUUUUUUUUUGUUUGUUUUGUUUAAAAAAUAACAUAAGAUUGGAUUUUACAAACUGAGUUAUUUGAUAAAACAAUGUGACCCUGACAAGUACAAAGGAGGUGUAGUCUUAAGAAGAAAAGAAAAAUGAUGUUUGAAAUAAAUGUUCAUAGUUCAUAGGUCAUAUGCAAUAUCAGUGUUUUCUGACUAGCUCUCAGCAGUAAUUUUAUUUGGGUGAAUGGUGAAUAAUUGCUAACCUCAGUCCAUUUUAUUCAAACCGGGUCAGUUUGCUUCCCUGCUGUUCCUCUCCUAUCAAAUAAAUGCAGCCAGAGCACGCUUUUGUCCAAGCAACCAGUAAUGCACAGACCUCUUUUAUUUACACCUCCAGCCCAUUCAUUCUUUCUUGUUGUGAUGGAUCAUAGCUGUUCUCUGGAGACCCAGCGCAUUGCCUGGAAUGAUCCAUUUUCUGACAAUAUUUGCCGCUGCUGUCACCGUAGAUUAUGUCUAUUGAUGGAGAUGUUGAGGAUGCUGAGAUGUGCUAUAGGAUGAAUCAUCUCCAAUUUUCCAACAUCUCUGUUGAAAGGCUAGCAUGAACGUAUAGGUGAUGGUAAUGAUGCACCCCAUUUAGCUUCAGUUACAUGCUCGCAGAUUCAAAUAUACACACAUAAACGUAGACACACUCGUUCAUCAUGAUCCCUUUCUCGUCUCUUUUUAGGCUAUUUUGGAGAGUUUAUUAAAUCGCAUACUUUUCUUCAUCCACACAUUUAUAUAUAUAUAUAUAUGUAUAUAAAUAGAUCCUUGAGGAGAGAUGCAUAGAUGUUUAAUGGGAAGGCAAUGAUAAGUAGUAAAAAUACUUAAAAUUAUGUUUUAAAAGAAGGGAUCAACAUCCUACCUUCACUUAUUUCACUAGGUUUUGUGUAACAGAAACACAAAAUGAAACGACAAGACAGGUAGGAGAUGUUUUAAUCAGAAUCUUCUAAAUGCAUUAAGAGACUAAUUAGAAAGUUAUGAAAGGUUUUGCAAGAUGCAUCAUACAUAAAAAACUUACGAAUUCAUUACAAGCAUCUGAAAAAUGCUUAAAUAUGCUCACAAAGACAAUAAAAUACUUUAUUUACAGCACUAUGAGUCUACUGUUGCACAUCUGAAAUACAGACGAUCCCCACUGGCUUUUAAAUAGACUUUCACAGUGCUGAAAAAGUGGGAACCAUACUCCCAUAAAGGAUGACAGGACAUAAUUCAUGAUCAGCACUGUACAGCCAUAGACAAGAAUCUGCCUCAUCUCCCCCUUAAAGGAUUUCAAUAUUCCAUGCAUGAUUCAGGAGACCAUUAUUUCAUCUUAACGAUGCCUCAAAACCCUCAAGACAGCUGCAGGAAUCUGUUUGGUGUGUGCAGGAUGCUCUAAAACUCCUAAGACAUAUUGAAGUAGAGCUUUUAAAAAAAUGACCAAAAUAUUGUCAAAUAUCCAGGGGAGCUGCUGCAGUAGUUUCACUGCAUGGCACUGUAUUUGCAUUAGAUGCUGGUCUGUGUCUCUUUUCACUUUGAGAGGGUCUGAAUGGCUGUGGUUAGACCGGGACCUAAUGCAUCUGACCUCCUUUCACUAAUGGAAACUAGCCUUUUAGAUUUACUCAAGGCUGAAAUCACUUGUUCUCCCCAUACUGUGCAUCUACCUCAGAACAGAGACUACUUGCUGGCCACUGAAAACACAUAUAGCUUGCAGGGAUUUUUCUCAUGUGCGUGACCCAGGACAUUUCAUAAAGUGAACUUGUGUUGUGAAUACAGAUAGUAGGGCUUUAAGAUUUCUGCAAUGUGGAAAACAUGGUCAGAAUCAAAGAAUUUGUUAGUUAAACACAGAAUAUCAUAGGGUUAGCUAAAAUGUGACUGUAAUUCAGUGAUUCAAGAUAUUUUUCUUGUUUUUUUUGUAAGUCUUUUAAAAUCUUCCUUUAAAAUCUUUCAAAAAAAACAAAAUUUGGUCACAUUGUAAAACACAGACUUUUAAAAAAAAAUAGAAAAAGUUGAAUUUGGGAACAAAAUAGAAUAGCAGAAUAGAGAAAUUCAUAUUUCAUAAGGCCUUCAGAUUGGUAACUCUUAUAGUUAUAGGGAUAUUGCGGCGUAAAUUUAAGUUAUGGUCAAACACACGUUAACACCAUGGGCUCUAUUUUCGUGGCCGCCGGUGAGACACACCGAGGUCCGCCAAGCUGGGCGUGGUGGCAUGGCAGAGGGAGGUGUCGACAGAAUCAGCUGCCGCAGUGACAUUUUCGUGCUCACCGGUGGCGUAUAAAGUGUGCUGAAAGCUCGCCGAUUCAAACCUGGUCAGCUUUCAGCGCAGGUGGGGCGCAGCUGGUCUAGUGGUAUUUUGGUAGACCGGCGGUGUAUCGGCAUACGUCACCAUCAUCAUGUCCAAUCAGCUGAAUUUGCCACAGGUGGACUGCAAUCAAGUUGGAGGAACAUUUCAAGGCUGAUCAGUGGAAACAGGUUGCACCUAAGCUAAAUUUUGAGUUUUAUAGCAAAGGGUGUGACUACUUAUGUAUAUGCAUCAUUUGAGUGUUUUAUUUUUAAUAAAUUUGCAAAAUGUUCUAAAAAAGUUUUUCACUUUGUCAUUAUAAGGUAUUUUAUGUAGAUUUUUUUAGGGAAAAGGGAGUUUAAUACAUUUUGGAAUAAGGCUGUAUCAUAACAAAAUGUGGAAAAAGUGAAGUGGUAUGAAUCCUUUCCGGAUGCACUGUACUGUUGAUGAAGACAGGUGCUGUUCUGAGCGUUAUGUGUGGCUAUAGAGUGGCUUUUUGGUUGAGGUUUGUGCCUGGAGACGCAGACCGCUGUGUAUUGCUAUCUUGCGGUUGUUACUAAAGUUGGUACAACUAGAGAAGCAAGCAGUCGGCAACAUUCAUCUCUCAAGGGGGGCGUCUAACUCGGUGUUACAGUGUGUUUGACCUUAAUUAGAUUUACCUUGACCUUACUUAGAUUUAUGCCGUAAUAUCCCUUUAAUGGCUGCAAAUGUACAGGGUACAAAGUUUGUAUCAUAAAGUUUUGCAUACAAGCUGUGCUUAUGUUUUGCUUUCGAACACUACACCCUUUGUACAAAAAUCCACUCUGGAUUCAGCAUGUCCUUGGUCUGUCAUGUUCCAUUUCUCUUCCCUCUUCUCAAAUUAUUAAGGGGGAAUUGAUGCUGCCUGUUCAUUAUACAGAGGCUAAAUGGAACCACAAUGAAAAUCUGCCACUCACUGUCAGUCAUGAUUGCAUUAUUCCAUUACUGCCCAUCCGCAGAAGGCUCUCAAGUCAAAUUAUCAAAUACAACCAUUGCUGCUCUCCACUUCCGAUUUCCUGCUUCCAGUUUCUCACCAUGAAUCUUUAACUAACCAAUUAGUAACCUUUUAUUUGCUGUUGUUCCAGUUUGCCAUGCCCUGCACCUUUGUUAGAAAUUGUUUCAAAAACAGACAUUAAAUAUACAUGAUCUUGUCUGCAUGAGAGUUGGGAUGUUUUAUUUAGAGGAAAGAGGAUAUUACAGCUGUUCUCUCUGUGGGCUGGUUGGAUCAGGCUGAGAAGUCAAGGCUGGUAUAAGCCACCAAGGCUAGGAUGGAGUCAACUGUGGGACAAAAAUAUAUAACAUGCAAAAACUCAAAUACGCCUCAGUCAGCCAAUGACAUUCAGUAAACGAGGAGUUAUGGAUUUGGAGGGAUAUUUCUCUUAUUUUCUUUUAUACAGCUGAUUUGGCAAACAUGGAGCUGACACCGUGGGAGGGUUACCUAAAACUUGCAGAAUGAGUCGGAACUUGGGAAAAACUGCUUACCCCAUACUUUGCAGAAGUUUGAAAACAUUAACAGACAUGCCCUGUCUUGUUUUAAACUUUCAACAAAAACACUCUAAAAAGGAUCACAUUGAGAGUUUCCCCUGAUCCGAGAUGAGAUAAUUACGAGACUCCAUGAAGUAAUUUUUCAAGCUGAUAUCCAAACAGAUACCCCUAGAAAAAAUUGUCAAAGCCUUUUUUUUAUUUUGGAUUUUCACAUAAACUGACCAACAUGACGUGGGAUUGUGUGGAUGCUUUUGAAACGAAACUGAUAACCAAUACCAAUAACUGAUAACAUGCAACAUGUCCCUGAAUUUGGGUACCAAACAUUACUGGUAUAGAUUUGUAUUUUACAGCUUGUAGUUUAUGCACACUGAGCUGUAAGCAAGGUGUUUGAUAAUUUAGAAAGGACAUAUCAGUGCAUUUUUUUGUACUUGCUCACGAGAGUCAAUUUUGUUAAUACACAGAUAACAAAGAGUUCUGUCUCAGAGCACUGCCAGAAGAGCACUCUUAGAGAUAAGAUAAGAUGAGAUAUACCUUUAUGAGUCUCACAGGGGAAAUUCCAAAAUUGUUUUUCCAGCAUAAAUACAAAUACAAAAGAGAAAUGUGACACUUGCUCUUGUGUUAUGUUUACAUCUAGCAUCAAACUAAGCAUACUCGCUGGAUUAACAAGAGAAGCUUAUAUGUCUGUGGCUGUGUUUAUGCCACUGAUGUUGUCGUUGAUCAGACAGUAAAUGUGUAUAGAGGUCACAUGAGGAAGGGCAAGUACUCAAGAUACUGUUCUAAAUCUACCCACUAGCCCACAAACUCCUUGAUCUACUACCGUGAAAGUUCUGUAAAAAUUGUAUUUGCAUCAUGACACUUGUUGUAUUAGUGCUUACGCUAGUUGCAGUUAGUACUGCUUUGUAUUUCUUAACACAUCUUAAUUGUGAUGACGGGUGACUUAAAAGUUGUUUGUGUUAAAACUUGAGGACAGUUUCUAUGGAAGCAAAUCUACAUCAUAAUUCAAAUGAAAAUAGAAUAACAGAAAUGCAUUUGCAUUUUCAGCUCCUUAGCCUUAUAUUUGUAGAAGUAAAACUGUAGUUUUAAAUUGAUUAAAUGUAUAGAGACCUUUAACAUUUAUGCACAUCUAUGCACUGCUAUCUGCUAUCUGUGAUUGCAGAAUAUGUAGCCAAGGUCUGCAGUAUUUCCUCGCAUCUAUCAAAGCUCGAGCAAUGGUUUCAGGAAAAGCCAUUGUAUUGUUGAUCGAGCUCGAAAAGAAAGCAACGCAGUUCCAUGGAAACACCACAUGUGUGGACAAGAAGAGCGGAUGUCACUUGUCUGCGCCGCUUGGGAUUGCGAAGCAGAAUUGAGUUUUGAAACAUUUUUUGCGGGCGGACAUGAAAAUGAAAAAGCAAUGGCCUGUUUUGUUUCUCUUUGGAAUUGUGUUACAAAAUGUACAGCUCAGAUAAGAAAAUGAAAAUGCAGUUUGUAUUAUUUAGUCUUUAUUUUAUUUCUAAGUCAAAUUAUGCAGUUUUGACUUUGAAAGCCAUACAGCAAAUCUAUUUUAAAUUUCAGAUUUGACAUUUUGAAUUGAAUUUUAUUACAUAUUUGAUGGGGAAUAUUUUGAAAAUGAAAUCUCAAAUGGAUUUUUCCUUAACAUUUGAAUUAGAUUACAGAAUGAUCAGUUUUGAAAAAGAAAACGUUAUUGCAGUUUAUUUAUUUAUUCUUAAUUUUAUUUAUGGGUCAAGAAAUGCAGGUACACUCUGAAAACGCAAUUGCAUUUCUGUUAUUCUGUUUUCAUUUUAAUUAUCAUACAAAUUUGCUUCCAUAACUUUCCCUCUCCUACCAGCACAUUUUCAAGAUGCUAACAUGUUAUUUUCCCCUGAAACAGUAAAAACAUCCACACAGGCGAUGCCAUUUUUAUUCUCAUUGUUAGCUUGUUGAUGCUGAACUUGUUCUUUUCUGCAUGCGGUGUUAAGAUUAAAUAGACUACAUCUAUGUGUUGAAUAAAUAUAACCUGUACUCAAGUUGACUUCUAAACCUGGUGUAUAAUUGGAAUCCCUACACAAGACAUACAACAGAAAUGUUGCCUGGUAGAUAUAGAAAUAGUAUUACUCUUCUAUCUUACUAUCUGCAACACUGCAGAAAGUUGUAGCUACUAAAAUAUCUAUUUAUUCCUCAUAAAGUUGUGAGCAUAUGUAUGACUGUAACAACAGGAUUUGUUAUUAUUUAGUUCAUAAAAAUGAAGGUCCACAAACACAGUUAAAUGUAGAAGUCAUCAUUCGUCAGGAGGAUAUGGGCACAGAAUAUACAGACAUAUUUGCAUACCCUGUGUAGUCCAAAAUUCUGUCUCAGUAGUGUUGUCAGGAUGAUCACAAGGUCAGUUUCUCUCUGUGAGUCCACAUGAAAACACCCACUCUGUGCUUGGUAAUAAAAAAAGGUUCCUCACAUCAACCUCACAAGUUCUGGAGAUUCUAUGUCAGGUUGUGAUUUGCAAGGUUUGCAGAAAUAUGUCACAGCCCACACAUCCUCCUGCCCCCCGAAGAGCAGAAAUGAAGAAUACUGAGUCAGUAGAUGAGUGUCCAACUCACGUCUCAAUUAUUCCCUGUACUGUAGUGCCGAGUCAUCGCUUAGACAAGUUUUUACCAACGGCCAAGAUUGCUUUUGGGACAGGGAUGCAAUAUGGUCCAGAGCAAUCUAUCCUUGUGUCAAUAUGUCAAAACACCAUCAUUCCUUUUUAUAAUGUUGCUGAUUGUUAGUGCAAAGUCUCUCUGACUCCACUCCAUUUGGUUGAAAGCACAGGGGGUCUUUCCCCAAAGCUUGUUAUCAGGAAUAAUAAAUAGUGGACUCAGUGCUACAGUUCUGAAUGACAUGAUCUGUCAUACACAGAGUUUAUGGGGCCUUGUACAGGUUUUCUAUGCAGGACCUGCAGCUUAGGGGUUGAUUUAAUGUCUGCUGCUGCUGCAUGACGACCACAGAGGGACAUGCUCGUUUUUGUUUGUGUAUCACCACCGUCUCUGUAUUUUUAAACACAUUUUUAUUAAGAAUUAAAUCCCAAGAAGAGGUAUAAAAAAGAAAGAAGGCCACAUAAAAGGAUAUGAAAUGGAACAAGACUACAUAACUGAAUGAUACAAUGGUAAUACAACUGCAGGCCCAGGUUAUAAUAAGUUUAAUUCACAGAUGGUGAGUCUGCUUUGUACAAAUGUAACACUCCUCUCACUUUCAUGGAUAUUCUGCCAGAACAUCUACAUCCCUUUUCUACUGCCGCACCAAAACCAGCUCCAUGUUAAAAAAUAGCCAAAAAAAAAAAAAAGUCCUCUGUGGAGGCGUGCUGCUUCAGGUACCGCGAUGAAAGAUGAUCCAAGAAGGCUCGUUUGUACUUCACGCCAAUGUGUUUGAAGGCUUACCAGAAGUCGAAACACUGAGAAGUGAUAAGACUUAGACCACUCUUGAAAGUUAUGGCUACAUUUUCUUCCUCAUGCAUUCAUUUUCAUAGUUGUUCAACACAACUCGGUAGGCUGUUGUUCUCAACAGCUUUACACAGUUUUUGCUGAAGUCCCCUCUGGUUGUUUUUGGACAAACAGGUUGAUUUUGACACCAGGCAGGUGUCCCAGUGAAAGCAGCUUUCCAGUGCUACACAGUAAUGCCAGUGGGGUGGAUGAUACUUGGGGUGUAUGCCUUGCUUAUUGGGUUCUUUCUUUGCUUUUUGUUGUCUUUGAAGAAAAAGAUGAGUACUUGUCAUUAAAUCACUUUUUUUCCCCACCUAACCUUUAAAUCCAGCAGGUUACAACAGAAAUGACCUCAGCACUCCUGCUUUGGAUGCAAAUAUCUCCCCUGUCAAAAAAACGUACUCUCCAACACUUGGAGCAUCGUCUCUUCAGCAUAGUGAACCAUGAAACUUUAACUGUAUUAAGUGCAUUUAUCCAACAGUGAGCGAGAGUAAUUGCUCUUCAAUUAUGAAUUGUGAUUUUAAUCAUGGAAGGUUGGCACUCAGUCCAAAUCACUAAUUGCUUUUUCCCCAAAGGCACCCACUCACAGUGAAGAGAUGGAACUGCUGAUUAAGUACAAAUUACCUGAACAGGGGUAUAGAUAGUCGUAUAUAGUCAAAGUAUAACAGAUGUCUUGACCUUGUGAUCUGUGAAACUAACAUCCUUGACUUUCUUCACAGAACUCACCUUCACGUGGAUCUUCAAUGAGUACCCAUCGUUUGUCAUCCAGGACACGCGGCGGUUUGUGUCCCAGAAGACGGGCAACCUCUACAUUGCCAAAGUGGAACCCUCUGAUGUGGGAAACUACACUUGUGUAGUUACAAACACCGUCACCAAGAGCAGCGUUCAAGGACCUCUGACUCCUCUGGUGCUGCGGGUCGAUGGUAGGAGAGGUUUUCUCCGUACUUACUGAAAAACAAGAAUUACAAGUUUGGACAGAGUAAUGAAGUCAUUUUUGUUACAAAGUUGAAAAAUGUGGCCAUGUUACUUUCAAACUGUAGGCGACUUAUAUAAUCAAUAGCCGGGGAAGUUGACAAGUUUGAAGAAGAGGAAGUUUUGACUAGUGAUCAUUGAUUUUUCUAGCUACAGGCUAACUUCAGCAAAAUAAGUACAAUCGUCUUCAGGUCAUAUUUGUCCAUCGGUUCUUGCGGAAUAUAAAACUGGAGUUAGUUUGCUCACAAUGCUUUAACUUUCAGAUUAUUGAGGCUUUAGGAAAAACAACACUUCUUGGUGUAGUUAUAAAAUUCAGUACUUUGCUGCUCAGUGUGUCAAGAGAUGAGCGGCGAGUCUCUUAAACAAUCCAUCCAGUCACAUAAUUCAAGUUUUCUUUGAAGUUGAUUUUCCAGACAAAAACCCACUGCAUCAUCCCAUCCUCCUCUUUUGAUGUUGAGAGAAGAUAGAGUUUUUUAUUAUGAUUAGCAGUAUUUUGAUGAUAUGAAGUGUCAUUUAUUUAAAAUAAUUGCAUUUUAAAUCGUUUUCCUGUUGGAUGUUAGAACAGCACAAUAAGAUACUUUUCCAUCAGCCCGUGGACCCGGUGCAGUGAUCAAAGAAAUUGAGUUCUUUUUUUCAGCUAACACAGUUGUGACCUUAACUUUGUUUUGAUUUCAGUGUGACCUUUUCAAGCCUUGAGCCAAUAGAAUUCCCUGAAGACAUGCGUUGCAUCAUUUCUGUUUCUCUUUGUAACUCCAGGUGUGAUGGGUGAAUACGAGCCAAAGAUCGAAGUGCAGUUCCCUGAAGUUGUGCCUGUCGCUAAGAGCUCAACUGUCAAACUCGAAUGUUUUGCACUUGGAAAGUACGUCCCACUGAGUAUUAUUAUAUCACAGUCACAACCAGACCAUUAAAUGUUCACUGUACUAAUCUGAGCCAAAUGGUAAUGUGUGAGAACUGUGUUAUUCUGAGAGCAGAACAUUUCACAUUUUAAUGACCCCAUUGUGUGCUAUACACACCAAAUACAGAGAGAAGAGACACACUGUCUGUUAGUAUGAAACAUUAAUUAGACACUGACAUGAUUUAUCUGUGUAUUUUUCACUGUAGUAAUAGGUAUCAUCUUCAGCCUGUUUUUCUGCCAAACAGGAUUUGGAGAUAAAACAGUCCUCUGGAGUAUUUUUCAUUUCGUGACCUUGCUCUGUGUUAUAUUUCUCAUGCCUUUAGCCCAGUGCCAACUAUCAGCUGGAGAAGAGUUGAUGGAGCCUCUUUUGGCAGGAAGGUGGACAUAAAUAAAGCCAGCGGAGUUCUAGAGAUCCCUUACUUCCAGCAGGAGGAUGCGGGGAUAUAUGAAUGUGUGGCUGAAAACAGCAGAGGGAAAAACUCGGUGAAAGGAAAGCUGUCUUUCUACGGUGAGUAGGAGGAUUGUUUCGCUGACUUUGAUCCAAAAUGUACCUUUCUUCACACAAGCUGUCUUGGAGACAAAAAAAAAAUCUCAUCCCUUUCAACCUGUCAAUCUUUUACCCAACAUAACUUGUACAUUUAUGGACUUGACAGACUUUUACUGAAUCCUCUACCCAUUGAUUCAUGGCCUCAUAGGUUCAGAGUCUGAUUGAAACUCUUGCAGAAUAAAAGUGUAGCUUUGGUGAGUCCCACAAAAACUUUAAUUUGUUGUCCUGCAAUCUGUGGCUUUUAUUAGAUCUCAUAUAUAACUGCAUCAUAUAGUGGAAUGUGGUAAUAAAUUAACCUAUUACCAGUAGUUCAUUUCUGACAAGCUCUUUAUUGUGCCAGAGGCUAACAUGGGGCUGCAGCCUGCACAGAUUUAUACUACCUUUCAGGGAGAGGUGAUUUUUCCCUCACCAACACUGGACUUAUUGCUCAUAUUCUGGGAAAGCUUUUAAUGGUCCUUGAUGAAGGACUUUUAUGGUUUCUCUCUCCAUUAUUUUGCAGUUUUUGCAUUUAUGAUGUCUGCCCAGAAGGCCCUGUAGAUAUAGACUUGACUAAAAUCAUCAAAUCCAGAUUUUUCUUGGCUGUGAAGGAGGAUACUUUUGAUAUGAUAAUGCAGCUUUUUGCAGCACCUGUGGGUUACUUGAAAUGCUUACUGUACCUGUAGGCAGACUGAGGAUUGAUAGCUUAACUUUAAAUAAUGACUUUGAAUAGACUUGCCUUAUCAGAGAGUUGUAUUGUACCUCACUGGAAAAACAAAGAGGUCUUAAAACAGUGGAAAAGAUACCGUAAUUGUAUGGUCAUUUGUAAACAAAGCCAUAACUUCAGACAGCCCGCAGCGAUCACUGUCCUAUGUAGUUCAAUGUGCCAUGGCCUCUGCACAUUUUCUUUACAGUGGUAUUGUGGAAGUCAUGUUUCUCCUUGUAAGAUUUAAGUCCUGUCUCAUCUCAAAGCCUUGCAGACUGGCCGGCCGCCAGGUGAUAAAAAUCUGUAAUCUCAUUUUAAACUCCCAUAGACAGGGGCUUGUGGGACAUCCAUCAACUCUAUAGAAGAAAAGGAGAAUCAAUACGGGGAUGUGGUGUUUGCGACACCCAACCAAUGCGUGCACAGAACAAUAACGGGUGGCCUCUCUUUCCAUUUCCCACUUAAUUGUCCUUCUGUAGUUCCAGGGGAUUUAUGAAAUUAGAUCAUGGUUUAGCAGUUGACUGCAUUUGAAUGGGCUCACACACCAUCAGAUUGGCCCUGGAAAGAACCGCUUGCAUCAUGUUUUUCCUCUCAUUAUGUUAUCCCUGACAGUUUAAUUUGUAUUUUUCUGUAAGAGGGUGUCAUGUAGUAUUUGUUUCUCUACCCAAAUCUAUCUUCAGUCCGAUACUGCUUGCUUGUUUCUAAGUAUAUUUGUGAUAUCCAGUUUCAUGUGGUAGAAAAAGUAGGAAGAGGGCUUAUUUUUUUGGUCGUACAAUAAAAUCUUACUUCCCAAUCUGGGGCCUCCAAAUGCUUCCUCAAUGUUAGUGUUUUCAAAUGUUGCUUAAAUGAUUUAAAAUCUGUUUUUACCAAGUAAACUGCACUUCGGGCAAUGCAUGGCACAGUUACUGAAGAUUUGAAAUACAAAGAGAAGUAAUCAGCGAGAAACACCUUCAUUCCUUUGGAACACACUGCUGUUGUUGUUCUUACACUUCCUGAGAUUUUUGUUUGUUUAUCUUAUGGUUUUAUGUUGACAGACAGUUACUCAACACCAACUGUUCAGGAUCGGAUACGAGUCUUUUUUCUACCGUAACAAACUUUGAUCCUCUUCUGGGCCUUGAAAACAUAACAGCAACCUUAUUCAUCAGAUUUAUACAUUCAGUAAUAGCCACAUCAUGACCUCAUAACAGGAGUCUGUAUUUUGUGUGAAAAUCAUUUGCUUUAACAUCCUGUGUGUGGGUGAGAAUUUGCACAUCUACAGAGUCCUUGACACUGAAUGUACCGGUGAUAGUGUUCCAGCCCAAACUGUACUCCCAUGUCCAUGGGGAGAGGUUACAUAAAAGGCUAUUUCAACUAAGAUUAAUUGUAUUAUUGUCAUAUUUAUCACAUUUUCAAAGCAACACAGCUGGACAGACUCACCCAACUGUUUGAUUCCCCUUGACCUCAGUAACCUGUAUUCAUGCAAGUGCUUGACAAUGACCAUAAAUCUUCUCACACUGUCACGACAGACAACAUGCCAGUAAUUACUGUAACACAAGGGUCACAAUAAACAGAAAUAAAAGCAGUUUCUCUCUGGAUUUAAGAUGUUCUGGAAGAAGAAAUAGGAGUAGAUUCUGCUUUCUUCCGAAAAUGAAAAAUAAAAAAAUGACCUCUGUGUUGCAAAAAUCCCAUGAAAUAUAAAUUACUCACUAAACCUGAUUCAUGUCGAGAUCUGCAUCGGUAUAUUGCAAAUCCAAUACCAAACACCUUUUAGCAUUUAACCCCACUGUAAAAAGAUCAAAUCAUUCAGCAUUGAUCUUUUCUUGUGUUAAGCUAAUACAAUUGUUUUUAUUUAUAUAUAUUUUGAAGUUGAGGUUACCUUUGGGUUAAUUGGAAGGGGAUUUAUGAGUUUUGCCCUUGGAUGCUCCUUUAAUGAACUAAUUGCCUGCUUGGUUGGUUCAUUGAUUUUUUCUAAAAGUGCUGCAUACUGGUAAUGCUGAAGUAUAUCUGAAGCAUUGAAGGGUUCAUUAACAAAGUGUGACAUGUGAAUUCACAGCUGCACCUCACUUGACUGAGAAGCCUCAGGAUGUGCAGAAGACCAUCGAUGACACUCUUGUGUGGGAAUGCAAAGCCAGUGCGAAACCCAAACCCUCUUACCGCUGGCUGAAGAACGGUGAGCCUCUGGACCCAAUGGAGGUAAGGAUUUUCUGUUCCCUGAGUUUGUUGUUUUUGUUUUAGGAAAAAAUUAUAAAUAAAAAAGAAAUCUAUACAAAAUGAAAAUUAGAAAGACAGACGGUUCUCCAGCCAUACACCACACACCCUUUGUCGGAACAACAGAGACAGAGACACAAAAAAUGAUAGGUCAAACAUUUUCUACACCUUUUUAUAUUUUGUUACAUCAUGAUUACAAGUUAGUUAGUGUUUUGACAUUACUAUGAACUAAAUUGUAAAGUUUACUGUUUACAGACAACUCAGAGUAUUACUACCUUUGUUUUCUGUUUUCUGUUGUGUAUUUUUGUGUGAGGAUUCAUGGUGGAUGUUUCUUCAUAUUAAGCGUAGGUACUGUCUUUGGUCCUCAGUUGUUUAAUGUAACUCACAGAGAGGUUUACCGCUUUACCCAUCACAGCUGCAGUCUCUUUGACCCCAAAUAACCCAGCAAAUCAAGUUCUCUGGUGACUGCACCAUUAGGAUAUUACUUGUAGUCUCUUAUCUGUUGAAAGUUUCUCUCUUGUUGCAUGAGUGAAUGAGAGAGUUUGAAAGAGUUUUUACCCUGAUUUGUGUUUGUUCAAUUUCAAUAUGCAUCAGUAUUGAGAGAAAAAUCUUACAGCAUCUCACAGCAGGUCAAACUUUUUAAUGCCAUACUUGGUUUUUGUCAUUUCAGAGACUAACCAUAUCCAAAGAAAAAUUUAGGGACUGUUGAUUAAAUAAUAUGUUUGUGUUCUCUGCUCCCCCAACCCUGGAGAGCAGGAGAAAGAGGAUGAGGGAGGGAACAUGUAAAUAUAAACAGUGCGAACAUGCAACAAAAAAUGGUCAUUUGAUGAUGAACUUGGAGUAGCUCUAUAGACUCUUCGUGUUGCCAGUGGAGUGAAAGAAGCACACUGCAGUCUGGAGUCUGGGAUCACAUUGACACACAGUGACGGCUGUCUCAGAUGAGCCAGACCUUCACAGGUUCAGAGUGUUAUAGUUGGGUAGGACACAAUAUUAAAUGAACACAAUUGUUGUGUCAUGAAACAGUCUUUGUUAUUCCUGAAGUUGGAUGAUGUUUCUUUAAGUCUACUUAGCUGGUGUGUGUGAGAGAGGCUACAGAAUGAAAUCUGGUCACCAGCCAGUCAAUCUACACACUUUAAAUUUUUCAUUUUAAAGUUGCAGUCCCCCUGAGUUUUUGGUGAGUUGGUUAAUAAUGCAUGUUCUUCAACCUGUUUGUUUUCCUGACUUUAUAUAUGAUGAAUGUCACCAAACACGUCUUGGGAUUCAUUUUUCUUUAAAGAGAAUAACGACUCUGACUCACGGGCUUGUGCUUGGCAACAUCCUAUCCCUUUGAAAUGCUUGUAUUUGCCUGGGAACUCAAGCUGGCAUCCAAAGUAUGUGUGUGUGCGCCGAGGGAGGGUGUUUGUAUGUGUUUUGCAAAGAAGCCAAAGUGAUGCCAUUUUCUGCCUGUCAUCAACCAGAGACUCUGUCAACAUUUAGAGCUCAAUCUCUACUAUCUGCUUCUCUCAAUUUUAUCAUUAAGUCUCCUCUCUCUGGGGAGGGUGAAAAACGCUUUUUUAUUCAAAAUACAUUUCACAUUUAGGCAAUUUGCCUUGUUUUGUGUUAUUGUGCUGCCGGAGUAAGUGUGCUCUCAGUCUAAAAAGAAACAGCUUCAGUGAAUCACAGUCACUGAUAGUGUCAGUGUUUGGAUUGGGUAAUGAGCCCAAAACCAGAUUGUUGCUGUUUUGUCUUUAAAGGGGUCAGGUGGCUUUAGUUUCCUUUAACUGGAAUUGAGAGCUGAGAUAAUAUCUGAAAUCUGGAGCACUUUAAUUGGAGAGCUGAAUCACAAUCCACACGCAGUGAAAAAGAUUGCAGAGUUUUAAACCCAUAAGUGGUUGCUAUUGUGACACAGGGGUAGUUGUCUACAAUGCUUGUAAAUGCAGAGUCAAACUCAAAUCGGAAUCAAAAAGCCUCACUGUCAUGAAUAUUUCCUCUCUCUUCCAGUUGUUUUUGUCGAGUUAUUUGUUAAUUUCGAAAAGCUCACAAAGGUCACUUCCUCAGUUUUCUACCCACACAUCCUUAACCACAGGAAGCCCUCAUCUGUCCACUGGUGCAUCUCCACCAUUGAUUUGUAAAUAACAUUGUAAAAAUUCCUUUGGCAGGUGGCCAAGGUAACAUAUUCUCUGUACAUGUGGCUAUAUUAAUGAGGUGGGGUGUUACCAUUUUCAAAAUGCCACCGUCAACAGCGGCAACAGUAAAUCAAUUUCCAAACCCAAAGGUCAGCGAUGUAGAGAAAGAGGGGGAAGGGGAGGAAGGCCAAGGGGGCCAUUUGUUAUUCCUCAUUAGAAUGGAUCAGUCCUCCUCUCCCUCUCUUCCUCACUUUAUCUCAGAAUCUCUGCCGCUUUCUUUCACUUUCUUCUGCCUCCUUUCAAGCCUUUAUCUUUCUACCCCCCCCUCUCUCUCCACCUCAUAUUUGGACCCCUCCAAGGGAUUUAAAUGGCGCAGAGGAGGGCUGUCACUUCAAAAUGUCACCCGGGUGAAACAAGGACCCACUCACGCCUGUAGUUUUCCACUCCACUGCCAGAUCCCCUCUUAGUUACAUUCAUCAGUGAGUGUUUUGCAGAUUGUUUUACCUUUAACCUCCAAAGUCAAACCCUUGGCCCCUGAAAAGUUGCUCUUGUUUUAACAUCCAUUCAUUUGAAGUGACUGCAAUCAGGAGUUAGAUCAUUACAUGACCAGCAUACAACAGAGCCUCCAUGAUUUGCCUUUCACAGCUCAACUUGAAACAGUGCUGAUAUCAGAGAAGAGUCGAGCAAAAUUAAUGAUAGCUACAAAGCAAAAGAAUGCCACCAUUUGUCUUCAGCGCUAAAGAGAUUGUGAUAGAGCCACUGCGGAGUCUCAGAGGGUUUUUAACAGGGCAGUGGGUACAGAAUAGAGUACUGUGGCACCAACCCAUGCACUUACACUGAUCCCUUUUAUCCCUUUCAUACCCCUAGGCCCUUGCUCUGUGUAACCAAAAAAGGACCAUCUAUCAUCCAUUCAAAGUCGCCAUGGCUCUCUCCUGCUUUCUCUCUUUGUGUUCCUCUCUCCUCUUUUCUAUCAUCCUUUUCUCCUUGAACACACAUAUAAGCACCCAGUCCUGUCCAAAAACCCACGGACUUUUGUGUUCCACUUGGAAUCUGAUGCAUCCACCCUUACCCAGGACCCCCUCUGGCGGUGGAGGUGGCGCCAGGUCAGCUAUGUGUCCAUUGAGCCACUGCAGCUCAGAAAGAGCCCCAUUUGAAGAACCUCAGCAGUGUCACUGACUGAUGUUAAGGGACAGUCCUUGUCUUUUCAAGUGCUUGUGCUGUAAUGAUUGCAGACGACAGACAGACUGGCGGCAGGACCCGCUGGACUACUUUGUCAGUGACAUUAAAAGGUCCAGCUACACUCAAUGGGAAAGAUCAAGGGCAAGAACAAUGAGUGCUGCCACACUUAAAGUGACACAACUAUAAAAAGGGAGCAGAAAGUAGUGCCCAGCCUUGUAAAGGUCAAAAGGAGCAGUGGGGAGAGGCUAACUUUGCUCAGGUGUUGUUAUCACUAUCUGUACUUUGAAAUUGCCUUUUCAAAAUUGAGUUCAAUUUGAAACAAUAAAUUACAAAGUAUUUCAUUUUUUUCUCUGCCGUUGAACACUAUGGUUCUUAAAGAAGUACAAAAAAGCCUCCAUGCUGCAGCUUAUUCCAAGCGUACUCCUUUGAGGUUUGAUUUCAACCACAGUUUGAUAACGUCUCAGCGCUAUGUUAAGCAGAGGGGGGUUACAUCUAGUCACUGUGGGCCUAUUAAGACCACAGAAAAUUAGCAGUGUUUCAAUUAUCAAGCCCCCUGAGGAGAGAAAAAGUGUGGCUACAUCUUGAAUUAGAUCAGACAGAACGGACACAGUUGGUAUCAUGGCACUUAAAUGUCCGUAGAACGCCCUAAUUACCCUGUUUAAAGACUCUUUUGCCUGGCAUUAUCAUACUAACACCUAGUACUAUACUUUAAUGGCACUAAUUGGACUGUUUGUAAGUUUUGCUUGCAUCAGAUCUUGAAAGCACUGAAUAUAUUUAGUUAAACAUUAGUCUUCAAAUGGAUAAAAACUUGUACACCAUCCACAGAGUUUGUAGACAACAAAGAUGAUGCACUUUGGAUCUGUUGUCCUUUAUCUGUUUCAAUCAGCUGACACUCAGAACACUGCAAAAGAAGAGGGAAUGCUCAAGACUAUGAAGCAUAUAGAAAAUCACACUAAUGAUAUUCUGCAGGGUGAGUAGAGAUGGACAGUGUCUUAAAAUAUAAUGGUGGUAGAAAGGAUUUUUUUGUGAGGCACACUUGAACAAAGAGCCAGUGCAAAACAUGCCACCCAAGCAUCACAACUGUAAUGGGUUGGAAUAGAGAAAUAUUAUCCUUAGAGCAUAAAAGCAACAACUGAGCACACAUAUCAAUGGCUGAAUGGUUGGUUCAUGGCAUUAACAUGGUUAUAAAAUUGCUGGGCUUUGAAAAGAAAUGCUAUUGGAGGUAAAGAUAUUUUAAAUUGCUUGAAAUGCUCCUGUUAAACAGAAAACGAUAAUCCAGAGUUGUUGUUCUGUUUGUUUGGUUUCUAUAGCGUGAUUUUGAUCUAAACAAGUGUCAGUCUUUUUGAGGAUUAAUGUCAGAUUUUCUUAAGGAUCAUCCACUGUGGUGUCUCUGAAAGCUUUUUAAGGGCCAGGGUAGCUCAUGUGAAUCCAAGGUCAGUUACUGUAACCUGUUAACAGGCUGUUUGGUUGCUGUGAGGGUUUUAUCCUUCUUUCCCGAGGGGCUUAUUAUACUUAUCUUAUGGCUCCACUAAUCGAUAUUUUUUAUAUUAACAAUGGCUCAAAUAGCUUUACUAAUGUAAAAGAGGUCACUUUAGUUCAAAAAAGGGUUGGGAAUUAUAAACUUCUGUACACGGCCCACCCAGAGACAGCUCAGAUACAGACAGGGACCUUAACACAGUUUGGAACAUGAGAGGUCCUGAUUGGAUGUUCGGUCUAAGUCUUACUUUUGUAUCACAGGCUUCAACUUCAGCAACCUGCUGAUUGUUUACCUCGUCUAAACCUGUUCACUGCUUGUCGUCAAGUGAUCACAGCAGCCUAUUUUGAAUCACAUGCUAAAUAUGUGUGUUUGUGUGUGUUUUAAGCAGGACAGAGUCCAGGUGAAUAAUGGAGUUCUGACGAUCAGCAGCUUGAAUCUGGCCGACAUUGGUAUGUACCAGUGUGUGGCCGAGAACAAGCAUGGCCGAAUCUUCACCAACGCAGAGCUCCGUGUUAUAGGUAAGAGCCAACACAACUGAGACUGUUAAUACAUGUAAAUACAUUCAGUGUGGUUAUUCUCAUUCCAUUUCUGAGUUUGCUGUUAGAUGAUUUCAUGAUAGACAGAUGGUGAGAUGGUAACUGUUAAAAAAAUGCAAAAUAAAUAUGAUUGCAUCAGCCUGGCCAUGUUUUUUUGGUCAACACUCACAUUUAAGGCUGUGUGCCCCAGCAAAGGUCAUUUUGUUACACAUUCCUGAGAUCUGAAUCAGAAAAACUAUUUCACUGAAUCAUUUCCUCCCUUUUUUGAAUUUUGUUUUUGUGAGUUUUCCUGUUUCUUUUAUCAAUAGCGCGUUGCAAAGGGUAUGUAAACACAUCUGAAGGAUGAAUUUAACUUCCUCAGUGUAUUCAUACCAAAACUGAGCAUAUAAGAAACUUUUUUCUUACUUGCCAGUGUGGAAAUAGAAAUGUGACAGCAGUAAUUUUGCCCAUGGCUUGCCCUGAGAUUUUCCCAGUUCUGCUCACAUAAUUAAGCAACCGCAUUGCAUGGUGGUCAGCCCUCAGCUGGUGAAGCGAGAAUGAUGUGCUUUCUGGGUGAUGAGCUGUUGUUUUCACUUUGAACAACCAGAGAUGGAUAUUUCACUUUUUUGUCAUUAAUUUAUUGAUUGUUUAAAAUAAGUUUCCUUUAUUGUUCCUCCAGCGCUCUUUUGCCCAGUAUCACAUAUAAUGAAUGAAUAAAUGAAUUUAUGUUAUUCGAACAUGUAUGCAAAGAAAUAAAGUAAAUAGAAUUUUGCAAUUUACAUACAAAGAAAAAAAAAGAAAUAAUUUUACUGGUUCAAAAAAGAGUAGGAAGAAGUAAAUACUUUUUAAAUUCCUACCCCUUAAUACUGUUCCUCAUGGGUUUUAUAAAAAAAAAUAUAUUCUGCUAUCAAUGCAAUAUAUUAUACAUAGGCAUACUACAAAACAUAUAAUCUAUAUAAAUAUAUUUAUCUAUAUAUACACAACAAAAUUUAUUAUAUAUAUAAACAUAUAUAUUGUCAUAUACAUAUAUUUAUAUACACAUAUGUAUCUAACAGAAAUAUAGAUAUAGACAUAAUAUAAAUAUGCUACUUAAACAUCCGUAGAAAUAUAUUCCACACCGAUGCACACACGCACAUACAUACUUACAUGUGUAUACUUAAUACAUAGCUUUCACAAAAAAAUGUGAUUUUCUCUUUAUAAAUCAGAGAGACUACUUUCAUACACUUAUUUUUUUGUUGUGACUGGAGGCAUAGUUUGAUAUCAGCUGACUGUGUUGGAAGGAAGUCCAUUCAUUAAUUUUGUCUUUGGAAGUUGUUCUUAUCUAUUAAUUUAUUUUUUUGUCUUUGCUUCUUCUGAAGGUUAUGGCAUUUUCCUGUGAUGACUGAAUGUGGAAAAAAAAGUCAUUAUAAAAGCUUGACCAGGUGGUUUGUUUUUAAUAACUGAUACAAGGCUCUGAUUAAUUGAGCUAAAAUACAUGGUCGCAAGUGUAUGAUGCACUGUGAAUAAGGGCAUGUAUGGCCCCUUUUAAUGCAUUAAGAGGUAUAUCAGAACCAGAAUACUUUAUUUACCGCCAAGGGGAGGAAAUUUAGUCAUUAUAGCAUUACACUUGCUCUUAAAAAUACAAAUAUUUAUAGAGGAGAUGAAAAAUAGGAACGAAUAAGAAUAAAUAGGAAAUUACAACGGUUAGUUGAAAAAUAUAUCUAUAAAUAUAGAUAUAAAGAUAAUCUCAGCACCCUGUGUGAUGCAGGGCACAAUGAGGCCUUCUGUUAUUCAAAGGUUUGGUUUGGGCAUGAAAGGAAAGAAUUAAACUAAACAGUGCAUCUGCUCUCAUUCCCUGUAAGAGUCUGAUGUGCCUACUUAGAUAGGCCGGCCUGAGGCAGUUUUUUUUUAUUUUUUUUUUAUUUUUUUAUACCUACUCUCCGUUGAGUGCGCCUCUAAAAUGCAGAGAACACUCAGAUCACUGUAUGAGUUAUGUUAAUGCAUGUUCUGAUGUUUAACCCACUGAAACAAUCCCUCUGAACAGCAGAAAUCCAAAUGACCUUCCAAACGUCAAACAGACACGGACACCUUUACACACAAGGCACAGCAGCAUGAUUUUCAUAAGUUAUUUAAAACUUGGGACACGCCAACAGUAUCAGAUAGGGUCUAAUGAUGACCACUGAAGAAAGAUAGGCGUUUAAUCUUUCAUUACUCAUUUUUGCUGCUCGACCACACAGCUGUCAUAUCUACAGUAAGCUCAAGAAUUAAACAGUUGAGUUUCUGUUUAUAUCUGUGUCACGAUGAUCAAUAGUUUUUAUUUAACAGUUAUGAGGAUUGUAAAAAGAAAAAAAAAACUGAGUGAGAGUGUGUCAGUAUUUAUCUGCUUCUGUUUGCUCUCAAGAGUAAGCAAUUUGUGAACUCUGGGACCGUCUGGAUCUGUGCAGGGUUGAAGGGAAGCAGGUGUAAUGAGAGGGAUGAAGGUGUCCUCAUCUUCAGACAUCAUGAGAUUUGCCCCAUACUGUAUCAUGAUGUGUGAUGAUGAGGGGGAAAUACUGACUUCUUUAAGGUCUUUGUCACAUAAACACACAUUUUUACCAUAUUAAAAAAUUAAGAAAAAAAAUAUAUAUGUAUAUUGUGAUUGGGAGCACAGCUGUGCAGCCCUCAGUAUGUAUUAACAACUAGAUAAUGUGAAUUGUGAACAAUGCCAUCUAACCAUGGUGCUGAUUAGCAGGAAAAUUCUGCACCAUGGGCUACAGACUGAAGACCAGGUUUUCGUUGGUCUAAAGUAUAGAUGCUUCCUGCAUCCUUAAGGUAGUAACAUGACACCUUUGACCCUGACUGCACUUCAUUUCUAGACCCACACACCUAUGGGCACUCAUAAACUUAUUUGCUGUUGAUCCAAUAGGUGUAAAAAUAUUGAGUGGAAAAAUAACAUAGACACAUGUGUUACAUGCCAAAACAAUUUGCACUAGUUCUACAAGAAGUAGGAAGUUUGACUAAAUUAUGGUGAUUCUGGACACACAAUUGGCCAUGUGAUUUGUCAAUAGCUGGUUGUCAGACAUACAUUUAAGGCUUUAAACUCUUUUGUGCAUGGAUUCUGUAGGUGCCAAGUACUAUUCCAUAAAUUAGGUGCAAAUAGAUUUGUUCUUGCAAGCUAUUUUAGAAAUAUUUCAUGGUAUUGGUAAUUCUAAAAAACAAGCAUAUUCAUAAAGCAUUCCUGUUUAAGCUCCCACACCUUGCUUUCACUGUUAGACACAAUGGCAUAUGUAAAUUAAUGAUUAAGAGUCUGUCAAAGCAGCUUCAUUUCCUGACACAGCAGCAAGCUUUUGUUUGAGGCAUAUACUGUAUAAUGCUGUCUGGCACCACGACACAAAAUAAAUGCAUAAAUGUUGGCAGCUUUUAAUGACUGUGCUGAAGUUGUGUGGGAUUGGAACAAAUCAGUGAGCAUGGCAUCAAAACAGCCCAUACCCCUCAAAUACUUGAGACUAACUGCACUAUUUUUUAUCACCAUUGUAUUGGAAUGAACUGCUCUGAUACCUAUGGUUUACUUAAAGUGAGCUUCCUCAUGUUGGUAUCCUGUUCUGUGUAAUAAAUCCUGGGACAUUUGACAGUAUAUCUGAAAAUAAAAAAGAGAAAACAUUUCCACUCACACUGUGUUUGCUUAUCAUAGUUUAAACUCAGAUCCAUAUUGUGUCAACAGCAAAUAUUUAUUUUGUAAGUAGGAUGCAGACACUUUCCUGAAUAUUCCAUGAGUCAAACAUCAGUUGUUUAAUAUGAUGUCAGCUGUUGUAUAUCAAAUGUAAUAUUGAGUUUUCAAAUAACUAUGAUUGACAGUGUUUUGAAAUUUUUUUCUGCACAAUUUUUUAUUGUUUUGAUUGAUUGAUUGAUUGAUUGAUUGAUUGAAGUUUAUUUGAACAUAUAAAAAAGAAAUAAUUAAAAAGUAAAGAAUACAACAACAAAUAGCAAAAGUUAUUUGAGUUCAAAAAGGAGUGGGAAGAAGUCGAGACUUAUCUUAUCCCACCCCUUAUCUACACUGAUGGUUUAAAUAUAUACCAUAUAUAUCAUUAUAUAAUAAUAUCAUUCAUCAUCGUAAUAAUAGCAAUAAAAAAAAAUAAAACACCACAGUGAAAAUAACAAACAACAACAAAACAAUGAUGAUAAUGAUAAUAGUUACUAUGAAUGUACAUCCCUGUAUCCCGUGAAAACAUAUUCUUUAUAUUUUGUUUUAAACUGUUUUAUGUUUGGACAUUGGUUUAACUCCUCACCCAUUCCAUUCCAUAGUCUCACCCCACGGAAUAAAAUGCUAAAUUGUUUUCACUGUUAACAACAAAUGUUUGAACACUGAAUAAACUUUAGAAAAAAACAAGAUGCGAAACUUUAAAAUCCUGACAAUAUCAAAUAAUCAGGUUGAAAAUGAGAAGUUUUGAUGUCUCUGGAAAACUUUGCUUGUAAUGAACUUGAUUCCUGGAAAUGUGUUUUAAGAAAGACAGGACAGGUUCAUGUUUACCUCUCUGUUUCAUUGCUCCUCCCUUUAACAACAUGCUGUAAGAAUUGGGGGAAGCUGAGGAGACCAACUGUGUUGUCAUUUUGAAACUGGACUGUUUUCCUAUUUUUGUUGGAGUAGGACUUCAGCAGUUUGGAGUCUGCUUACAACAUCUUUUGUUAUAUAAUGCACAAAUUAUUUCAAACUGGUGACAAGUGGGGGCUGUCAGUAUACAGUUUGUGUAGUGGUUGGUGUUGCUUCAUUGAAAUAUGGAAGACUUCCAAGAAAAUAAUGUUGUGUACUACCUUGAUAUAUUGUUCUGCAUUAGGUGUGCUUUCAAAAAUAUGCAGGUUACCCAUGCCAUGUAUAUUGAUGCAACACCACUGCAUAAAAGAUGCCGGCUUUUGAGAUGUCUACUGAUAACAAGCCUCUUCUCUCACGCUUGGGGAGAAGCAGCAUUUACAGCAUAUCAAAUUUUGACUGGUCAAACUUCAGGACAAUUUUCAGUGUGUUUCUUAAGUUUUCUUUCUUCGCAUAAUGUUGUUCCAACUAGCUUUUGUGCCCACAGAGACAGAACCUGCUCACAGAAUAUGUCUUUUUGAAGUGUUCCUUCUCAUUUGUCAAAGGAGUUCUCAUUUUUCUUAUUCCGAGGUUAGAGAUUUGAACCCCUUCUCAAAUAGGGUUGUGUUUUUAUGCAGCAUUUAAAAAACUCAACCUUGAACAGAAUAUAUGACUAUUACUUUUAACUUUGUUCAUAAAGUCUCUGUGACCCAGUCUAAUUCAGAGCACAUCACUACAUUCAUUUCUUGUACUGUAUAUACUGUAUGAUAACAGAGCAGAUUUUUAUUGAACUGUGACUCCUCAAACAAAAAGCUUUGAGUUCUAAUAACUCCAACCCAUGUGUUGCAUAAACACAUGUAUAGCAAAUGUCAAACGCCUUCAUAAAGGGAAUGCUGGCAUUUUACUGAAAGUGUUGAGGAAUAGGUCUAAGGUGUGGUGUGUGUAUGAACACAUGUUCAUCUUUGUGUGUAUUGUAUGCUCAUGCACCGGCAUGUGUUGGCAGGUGCUUAGCCAUGUAACUGGCGCCAGGCUGUGUGUUCACUUUGAAGAGCUUUCUGCUGAGUCUGUGCGCAUACAAAAUAGCUCCAGACGACGGCGCCUUAGUAAUUAAGGCCUAAAGGAGCAGCAACAAAGCCUCCCUCUCAUUUUACAUUCACUCAUUUUGCUUCGAAGCCCCACAGCUUCAUUCUUAAUGCAUAAUGUCUCCUAAGGAAAAUUCAGGGAAAUGGAAAACCCACCUACUUCAAGUAAAUGUCCUCUUAAAAGUGAUGCACCAUGUCCAAUCUGUGUUUUUAUGUAUGUUUGUAUGUAUGAGUGUGUAUCUGUAUGCGAACAAGAACACAUGAGCAGAAUGAAGAGGAUGUGAGGGCUGACCUGCCUAAUGGAUGGAGCGACCUGCAUGUUUGAAGGAUGUUCCUCUGCUCUCAUUUCCUCAAUUACUUUAUACUGUUUGUUCUGUUUUUUCUUCACCUAACUUCUCAUUCAAAAAACUUACAUCCCUCUCUUUCCACUUUUCCCAUUAGCCAUUGCUCCAGACUUUUCACAAAACUUGCUGAAGGCCCAAACUCUGGCUCGACAGGGUGGCGAUGUCCUGAUCGAAUGCAAGCCCAAAAUGUCUCCUCGGGGUGUGAUUUCAUGGAGAAAGGGAAAAGAAGCACUGCGCGAGAGCCACAGGUAACAGGUUCCUUUGUUUGGAGCAGUAAAUGUACUGUGUACAGGACCAUUGUUUAGUUUGUGCGCUCUACUUUUAGAAUACCAUUUCAUCGACUUGUUAUUUUAUUUUGCCCUACUUGAUAUUCAUGGUGACAAACUGCAAAGAACAGAACCAGCAUGACACAAUACAAUUUAAAUUGCAUAACACGUCCCGCACUCCACCACUUUCCCCCUGCUAUCUACAUUUCUUCCCUGAACUCCAUUGUACUCUGCUCUCCUGGCAGUGCUCAGAGCUGGUUUCUGCACUGUUUACUUGAGGUAAUUGGCCGUUCGUAGACUGCGGCACUCGGAUCGAUGCACUGAUCCAUCAGCUCAUUAGCAGCAUGUAAGGCCUGGAGGGUCAUUAGAGCACAAGGCAGACGAUGAUCCAGGCUACCAUCAAGACAUAGAAGAAGUAGGUGAAAUCCCCAAAAGGACAGAUCAAUGGCCAGCCUCUGAACAACACACGCUCUUAUGCCAUAGUGGCGGUGACACCUGGGGAACUAGCUGGACACCUUGUUUUAUUAGAAAUCAGGUUAAGUGCAGAUCAAUGCAAUACCUCUGUGUGCUGGAGAGGAGAAGAAGGAGGAGAAAAAAAACAGAUGUUAAUAAGACCUGAGAAACCAAUUCCCCCCCUGAAGACAUAAAGCUGGUAGAGGUCACAGCAGGAUGUGUAGUCAGUGAUUGAUCAGGACUCAUAUUAUUUCUUCUCUUGUGGCAGCAAUCAGAGAGAUGUGCAGAUAUGAAGACAACUGCUUUAAACACCCUGACUUUAAUAUUGUUGGAUAUUCUGAAGAUGGAGCGCCUGUACAUUUCCUCUGUUUUAAAUGCAUAAUGUCUUGUGAGAACAGGCAAUCACAGGGAAAAUAUAACAGCAAGUCCCUAUUGCAGUUUGGUGUUCUGUAAUUGCUGCUCCGGCUGGAAAUGUACUGACUGUGAUAUUUUCUUUGGAAACCAUUAAGCGUUGGAGUGCUUUAUAAGUUCUUACAAAAUUAAAAACCGGGAUCACUUGAUAAUGCUUUUCCACUUCCUAUUUGAUAACAUCUUGAUUUCAUGCUGGAAAAUACCAGCAGGAGGUAAAGCCCCCCCGCCAGCACAUGCAGUGACGGAGUGGGGGUCCAGAUUUCUCAUUUGAUUUGGGAUUAAUUGUUCAACUGGCUCAGCAGCUUUUCCACACCUAACCUCUGGGAUAUUCAUCCUCACCGCAGUGGGAGAGCAGCAGGUUUUAUUCAUGUCUCCCCUCCCCCUGUAAGACAGCAUGUUAGGGAGAGCUAAGGUGUGAGCUGGUUGUUAAUACUGAUGUUGGGCCGAGACGUCUUUAUAACAGGGGUGAGAUGUUGUAUUUGAGGGGCGGUUGGAGUAUCGCUGAACAUUUAGUGCUGCAAACGGCUGCUAAAUGUUGCACCAAGCUUGCAGAUUUAUCAUCCUCUUAAGUUUUGAAAGGAAAAUGCAUCCAUGCUGCAAUGCGCGAUAUCAAUCGCGCCCAUAAAAGUGAGAUUUCCCAUUUGAGAUUUAACGUUACAGCCUUACCCUGAAGUAGGUGAGCUGCAUACAAGAUGUUAAGCUUUGACAUUAUUGCAGCAUUUCUCACAAACCUUCUUCCCUGUUCCUGGCCUUGUUAGCAUUUACGUUUCUUCCAUAUUGAAAUAGGGCUGCUACCAGUGCUAUUAUAGCUGUACUACAACACUAAUCCAUCCCACUGGCUCAACUAAAAUACCCAUAAUUCCUUCUAAUCUUCCAGGGAUAAUGUUUUCAAGGAUCUGGAGCAGGGGAAAACAAAUCAACUAAGAACAAGGCAGGAUUUGAUUAGUUAAUGAAAUUAGGCAUUGGUGAUACCUAUAUCAGCUCAUAUCCCUGGAUAUGUAACAGCCAUGUAACAGGGUCGCUGUGCACUUAUGCAGGGAGCUACGAGGUUAACGAUAAAGUGCUUACCCUAAUUUAAUUUCACUGCUGACCACUGCCAGCGACUGUAAAACGGAUAUAGGAAAUAGCUCUUAGGAAUAUUACCUUUAGAUUGAACCACUGUGUUUAAGAUUGUUAGGCUAAACGAUAUAUAUUGCUUCAUCAUGCAAUGUGAGUCAUUUUAUACUCCUGCCAUUAAAACAGCAAGAGCUUUUUGGAAGUGUUGCCAAUACAGAAUGUACAUUGAAAUAAACUCGAGAAUACUGCAAGUCCCAAGCAAUAUACAGAGUUAAUUAUGCAAUCCUUCUUUAGCGGUUUAAAAUAAUGUUUUUCAUUUACAGCCUCUUAGUUUUUUGUUACACCAUGGAGAGGCACAGAAGGCUUUUAGAUUACAGACAGUAGCUCACUUUAACACCGGCCAAUAAGGUUGAGGUAAAGUGCCUGUUUACUAUAUCACACUGCUCAAGUUUUAUGUACCCCACAAAUUUCCCCAAUACCUUAAUUGCUCCAGGGCAACCUUGGAGAGAAACGAGAACAAAGGGGGAGCUUUUCAGACGGCUAAUGCUCCUUAUAUUUUUAUCCUGCACUGUUGCUUUGUAGCUCUGGUGAGGAGAAAACCUGACAUAGACUACUAUACAGUUUAAUGGCAAGUCUUAUCCCUGUGACAUCUCAUAUCCAUAACUCUUUGUUAUAGUCCAUUACAAAGGAAGCCCUCGGUUCAGUUAGGAGAAUACCUCCAGCUCCACAGGGAACGGCCACAGCAGAAGAGGCUAAUGUAUUUUAAUUCCUCUAGCCUUUCAGGCAAUAGGGGUCAUUUUUGAUCGUUUUGGGUGGUCCAGACUGCCUUUAAGGGAUCUUUUAGAAAGGAGUAUUGAAGUUCUUCUUUCCAACCAGUUACAUGUUGAAACACAGGCUCAACCCCAUUACACUGCAGAGCCGCUUAGAAGAUAAGAUGAGGACUCCGUGUGAGGAUUUGGAGGGCACGGCACUUAUCAAUAGUGUAAUUAAUUUCCAAGGGCUAAAAUGUGGUCAGCAAAUUGUUCUACAGUCAGAAUUGAAAGGCUGUAAAGAUACUGAAAAAUAAUUUGACUGAGUUGGCAUGACUUGUCUGACUGAAGGAAUUAACUGGAUUUCAAAAGAGGUGAAGUUGAAAGCUUUUUCUGUGUUACAUCCAUCAAAAGUAAUAAUCAAUAACACAUUUCCUUCUCAAGCAUUGAAUAGUAACCCCACAUUGCUGUUUCUUUUCCUGACAAAUGACUCUUCAAGACACUAAUUCCAACAUAUGGCAGUGAUCAUGACAACACUGCCCUCCUUUUGUCUGUCAAGCUGUAGCAUCAGGAGAUCAGUGUUUCACAAGUACAGAUGAAUCUGUGUAUUCAAGGCUUUACUAUUAUUACCUGUUUUCAGCGACUUUAAUAACACCAGGCUUAAUGAAGCAUCAGGUCAACAAGCCGCGGCUGUCUUGUUGGCCUCAGGGGGAUUCAUUUUUAACAGUGUGAUAUUUCAUUGAUCCCUGUAGGGAUUUUUUAGUCUUGCCAGCCCCCUCUGGGGAGAUCAGAGCUGGUAGCGACUUAGUGUUGCUUAAGGACAUCUCAGCAAGGCAUAUUCUUGACUUUCUGUGUGACAACUGAUGGAUGGGCUCUGGGACCACAAACCUGCCCUAUUAUUAUUAUUUCUAUUCUCCAGAGAAGAAAAACAGAUAUUGAGUGGUGAUCAGUAUGGAGGACUGACCCUUCACUGGCUUUGUUGUUUUCUCCAGUGUUUUGUUAGAGCACUGCUGUAAGCGUACGACUAGCUUUACUCCUCUUUUUUCAAGGUAACAUACUGUAUAUCUAUCACAGUUGUUGUUUACUGCUUUUUAAGAUUUGAUACUGCUACUGAAAAAGAAGUAAAGUUUUCUUUGCCUUAUCUGUGUCAACCUGUUUUGCCCAUUUGUAUCAGACAGAAUGUUAGAAAAUAUUAAAUUAGGACACAUUGCAGACAUUUAUAUCAACAUCUCAAGAAGUGAAAUCAAAUAACAGGGAGUGUUUUACUCAAGCUUGUCUAGUUUGUCCAUUGAUCAAACACAAAACUCUUUAAGUCCCACUCUGAUCUUUUUUUUUUUCUACUUAAAGUGUAACUUAACAUGUCACGCCCUUAAAUAUUCGUGGUUCAGAAGCCUUGCCCACUGAGGUCAAACAUGACAGAGGAGAAAUAUUAGAAAAAUUAGAAACUUUUCCGAGCUGAAAGUGGAUAUCCUCACAUCUGUGGUGGAAACUAACAAGGAUUUUCUCUUUGGAAGCAUCAAAACUGGUAUAACAGCAGUCCAGAAAACUCCUGUCUGGAGCAGGAUUAUGGAGGCGGUGAACAGCGCUGCUGUGGAAUAGCGGACAGUGGUUGAAGUUUGAAUAAAUCAUUAGUCAAUAAGUUGCUCAUGAUGAUAAAUUAAUAUCUAAAUUAAUAUCUCAUACAUGCUUCAUAUUUGUUUAUUGCUAUGACAUAGGGAACGUUGCUCCUAUUAUUGAAAGUAAUUAGUUUUAAUUUGUUGUGUCUUUGUAAUGUAGAGCAGACUGGAGAGUCUGACAGAGGCUGAACAAAAAUAAUUAUUAACGUCACCAAACGGUGUGUUGCUGCCCCUGAGGCACAUUUUUAUGGAUUUCUAUUGGAUUUUUAUCACUGAUUAAAGAGCAAGAGCACUUUCUAAACGUAUACUUCACAUGUCAGAAUCCAUCGAUAAGGUCCUGUCUCCUCAGUUCAGUACAUUUGUGGAGUCUCUCCUCGUUAUUGUUCUCCGGGCAUCGGGUCCUCCCGUUGCACCGGCACAGCGAACGGCACUCCAUUCGCCAGUGCAACAUUGUGCUAAACUGUACAGGCCCAAAUGAUGUCCCACACCCUUUCAGGAGUGUACAACAACGUCCCCGCUGCUGAGCCAAGACAGAGACACCUGCCUUUUAGGAGUCAAACGCAGCGCUCCACAGUGGCGUGUGUGUGUGUGUGUGCAUAAUGUUGAAACGGCACUCCUGCUCUGUGGCAGUGUUUUCUGGGCAGUUAUCAAAUAGACCUAUUCACUAAGGACAUAACAAUUUAUUUAUUUUAUUUUAUUUUCGUCUUAAUCUUUAAUGAAAUCUGGCUGAUUGUGCUUAAUGACAGGUUUGAGGUGUGUUUAUCAAUUAAUUUGAGACAGACAUUUGCUGCACCGCAGAUCCACACUGACUCAAACUUGCGUACACGAUGUCAGACCUGUCGUGAGAGUUGGUCGUAGCAUAUUGAUAAAUGCCGAUCCUCACGUCAAAAUUGUCAUAUACAAGGUGUACGCAAGUUUUCUGCCGUACGCAAGCUUGAUAAAUGAGGGCUACUGUGUCUUAACCUGCUGUUUGGGUCUGCCAGGGAUUCACAGCGAUUUGAAUGCAGAAAUACUAAGAAAUGCAAUUUUGCACUUAUUUUUCUCCUGAUAUGUCCUGUAGCAUCAGAAAAAUGCCAUAUGAAUAUGUAGACAACAAGAAAAUUGUCAUCAGAGUGGGUCUAUAAUGAAUAAACAAAAAGUAAAAAUUGUCUUUGAUUACAUAAGGAUCAUCUGCGGCAGAUAAGAUGAAAUGGAUAAGUCCAAUUAGAAUAUCUACCUCACUUAAGACUUAUAAAACAAACUCUUUUAUAUUUUUAGGACCUUCUUGUUCAAACCGUAUUAAUAUCAGGCUGUUGUCUUUGAAAAACCAGAUAAGUGGAAAACCACAUUAACUGUGUCCUCUUUCAUGAUGGAAGCUCUGGAAGACUGUGAACAUAAGGAGAUCACAUGAAGCAGGUAAAAAACGUUGGUCCCACUGUAAAAGGAUGCGGUAGAUUACCUCCUGUAAUUACCAAGAUCAAAGAAGAGAGAGCAGGAAAAUUGUGUUUUUCAAACCAGCUGAGAGGCUUGGAUAACAUGAUAGACAAAAGAAUCAAACCUGAACAGUAGGUAUUAAAAAUACAUAAUUAAGUGAUGAAUAACGGCAAGCUGGUCUGAAUGAUACCUAAGUAUUUGAUGAAAAAUAUCUGAUGUGGUCUUGCUAAGUUUUCACUCAUUACAUAUUAAAAGAACUUUUAAGCUUUUAACUCUGUGCACUCUGCGCUGUAUGUGGACAAUUUUUGGACUAAAGCAAGGAAUUCUCUUUUGAUAUCUCAGUGAAUAGAACCAAUCAAACAAAUUUUGUAUUUAUUCUGUGUCUCAAUCCCCUAUGACCCUUCCAUUCAUUUAAUUUUCAAUAAGUGUUGAAGUGUUCCAGACAUGCCUGCAUUACAAAAAAACAAAUCACACGUUAUUUUUCCGGUCUUUUGUCUUCUACCCUUGACUCUGUCAAAAAUGCACUAAAAACGGAGCAAAAUGAAUGCAAUUAGGUAUGUUGCCUUUAAAGCUCUUUGUCCAUGUUUCUGAGCACGCUGUACUCAAGGCCUUGUUGACUCAGGGAGGCUUUUAAGGACCUGUUCUCAUACAAAUAUUUUCAACACUCAACAUUUUUAGAUUUCUUUUAAGGUUGGGAGGUUGAUCCCUUGUAUCCAUCUGUGUUAAAGCUGAAAAUGUAGUUGCUGCACAAAAAUAAUGUUCAAGUCAAGUUUUUUUUUUUUUUUACUUUUUGAUAGUGUAGCAUCGGCAAGUGACAGAAGUGAGACAGACAAAACAACAACAACAAAAAAAAACAGCAGCUCUUUGAUAAAUCCUCAUACUAAAGGUUACUGGUACAUGGACUGAUGAGCUGGAAACAUAUGCCCAUAAAUGAAGCAGUGCUGUGUUUGUGACCUAUCCCUCCAUAUUUGGCUUUGCGUCACUCACCACCUUGUUGACUGGUGAAGUAUCAGCAGUACGCUCUCUCUGUCAGAGGAAAUCUGUCAGGCUUGACUGAUGACAGCAACAGAUGAAACGAGGGUCUUUGUAAUUUGGACUUGCGUGUGCAAUCUGUCGUGGAGGCUCAGCAUCGUUUUAAUACCACACAAACAGGCAGGUUGAAUUGGUCUGCGAACAUUCACUGCUUACCCCAGAUUUAUUUAGAAAACUCAGUUAAGGGAGUGGAGGUGCAAUACUAGAAGCUAAAUGGUAUGAGUUCUUCUCUAAAAUAGGGUUUCAAUGACUAAUUUAGCACUGAAGAGCUGUUAAAUGUUAUUUUAGGCUCUGUUUCUCUGCAUCAUGCUGCAUUAGCCUCCCUUUUUAAUAGCGCAUUAUGGGUGAUAGACAGGAGGUGAUAGAUUUACUGCAUUAAAGUGAACACUUAAGACACAUAUAGCUCAGUAAAUGUGACAACUGGAGUUUCUUAAACACAUUACAUGGGAAAUCAUGGUCCCAUUACAUUUUGGUAAAUUUAUGGCGUCUGACACAGGAGUCCCAUAACACUGAUGAUAUGCUUAUACAAUAUGAGUGGAUCCAUAAAGUCUGGUUAUUUAGAUUCCUGCUUCAACAUUAAAUGAGACUCCCCUCCAAUGAAGUGAUCUGCAGUGUUCCUGUCAUCUCAUUGCUGCUAAAUCAAACUGUUACUCUUUACACUGUGCUUCCCUGAUGUCACCCUAAAGCACAGGAAGCCAAUUAAAAUUCACUGAGAUAAACUCCAGGCCAAAGUUGAAAUGCUUAAGGACAGUGGACUCGCUCAUUUAGAAGAAGUUCUUAUGCACUUCGAAGAUACAGUGUAUAUAUAUAGAUAUAUGUAUAUAUAUAUAUAUAUAUAUAUAUAUAUAUAUAUUUAUAUAUAUCUAUAUAUAUAGAUAUAUCUAUAUAUAUAUAUAUAUUUAUAUAUUUAUAUAUAUGUAUAUAUAUAUAUAUAUAUAUAUAUAUAUAUAUAUAGAUAUAUAGAUAGAUAGAUAGAUAGAUAGAUAGACAGAGGGAGAGAGAGAGAGAUGCACAAUCACAUAGGCCUUCCUUAGUAAAGCUCUGUUUCAACUUACUCAGUUAACUUAGCACAGAUGUAUUAUCAAUGACACUAACAUUGCCAUAUAAAUAUAAAUGAUUGUACUUUUUACCCACAGAGUCACUGUGUUGGAUAAUGGAAGCCUUCGGAUUUCCAAUGUUAGUAAAUCUGAUGCUGGGCUCUACACGUGUGUGGCCAGAAACCAGUUUGGAGUAGCGAGUAGCGCCGGCAGCCUUCUGGUUAAAGGUGAGAUAUUAUUUUCUUGACUGGGUUUCAGACAGCAGCCCUGGUAUGUUUACUGUUGUGCCAGUUGGAGAUUUUGUCUUAUUGUGGCCCAUUAGCUGUUUCCUUGGCAACCAGUGGCCCAACACUGUUCAUAUGGUAAAUGGCUAAUGGCUACUGUAACAGUAAAAAAGAAAAUUCAGACCAGUACAGAAAACACAAUUUUAAUCAAUAACAGCUUGUUGGACUUCUGUAUUUUUUGAAAUGAUGUGUUUAUGUAAUAUAAUGAAGGUAUAUGUGUGUUUUAUCUUUUUUUUUUGUCCAUUUGAACAUUUGGCUUCCCGCAGGGAGUUUUAUUCAGCCCUCGUAAUAAACUAACAGAUCAUUUCUGGUUGUCAGUGUUUUGGAGGAACACAAAACAAAUGAUCCAGCUCUGUGCACAAGAACUGAGAGACACAACCGACCAGUGCUGCAUUUAAAAUUAACCGACACUGACCUUCACUGCACACUUGAUGAACAAACAGUGAAGCAGAGUUUCAAUAUAGACGACCCUCCUCUUACCUGACUGACACCAUCCAAUUAAUUGAUUGGCAAAAGCUGCAGGAAGCAAGACAUGAGGCUCAUUGCAUUCAUGCGCCUCAAUGUUUAAUUCAUACUUUUUUUGCACCGUGGCUCAUAGCCAUGCCUGGUUUGUUUAAGAUUUCAUCCCAUUUAAAUUACACACUUCUGCAGUGCAAUGGAUUUUCUAGGUCUUUCUAAAGAGCAGAGUCAACAACAGUGCUCUAUUAAAAUGCCUUUUGGUGAUUCCUCUUUACAAGUUUUUGAAUUGCAAAUGAGCACGCAUUGAAGCCCAAUUUUUGCUGUCUUUUCCUCCCCCCAGCCUCUUUACAUGUGCCAAUAGAGCUGUUAUACUAUGUACUGUAUAUAUAUACAGUAUGUGUGUGGUUUUAUAAUGUUUUUCAGAGUUGUUGAAUAAAUUUUAUAUUCAUGGAAGCAAAAGGCUUUUCAGAUAGGGUAAUAAACAUGAAGCAUUCCAAAAGAAUAGGCUCUGGCAGUUUAGGUUCAAAAAUAGGACGGGGAAUCACAGGUACAACACAAGAUACAACACAGCACAGUAUAAAACAAUACUUGAUACUUUGGCCCAAUAAUUUCGCAACACAGCACAAGACAAUUGUAUACCUUAUACCUGAUGUAGAGUACAAAAUAUUCCGAAAAAGGUAACGCACAGCAUUCAUAUAUUUAUUGACUGCACUUUGAUCUGGUAUCACCAUGAUGACGGGGGUGGCGGAGGCUCAGUGGUUGUGUCAGUUGUCACUUCAGAAGAUUGGAGGUUUAAUCCCAGGUACUACUGUCAACAUGCCAAAAGGUUCUUGGGCAAGACUCUUGACCCCCUAAACUGCACCCUUCUGGCUACACUCCAGUGGUGUGCAAAUGAGAUCAGUUAGAACUGAUGGGUGCUUUACAUCGCAGCCUCUGUCAUCAAUGUGUGGACGUGGUGUGAAUGGGUGAAUGUGACAGAAGCACAGUCAGAAACACAGUCCAUUUACCAUUCUUAUUCUGUGAAUUGAAUUUACAAAACUGUCAGACAGCUGCAAAAUGUGUUUUAAAAAAUUAAUACUCCAAUCAAGACAUCAAGCCAUGUGGACUCUUGCCUGUAUUACGAUGCUAGCAUUAGUGAGCAGCAGCUUCAGCUUCCCCUUUCACUCUUUCCACCCUUUGCUAAGGCAGUCUAUGGUUAGCACAACUGCCAGAGCUCUUUUCUAAGGUUUACGUCCUUGCUGUGGUGUGUGGAGUAAAGGCUUCGUAACAGCUUUAUUCAUCAAAUCCAUGUUGAGAUACUGAGCAGACAACUUAAAACCAGUGUGACGGAGAUAAUUCUCAAAUUCCAAAUGAAGUUAAACAUGAAAUUUGAAAUGAAGAGCAAGUGGUAUGAACAGCUGAUGCAUUGAGGUCACAUUGGUAUGAGAAUUACACAGGAAUCAUUUAGAGAAAGAACACAAUGUCUUGAAUUGUUUUCAUGAUUACAUUUCUAACAUAAGAUUGCUUUCCUACCUAAAAUGACACAAUAGGCUCUAUCGUACAUAUAUUAUUUUUUUCAUCCACUUUUACUUUUGGCUUUACUUUUUAACUCAUAGGGAAAAUCAGCAAUUCCAACAGAGUGCUUGCAGGUUUAUUAUUAAAGUCAGUGAAAGUAGAUGUUCAAGAAUAGCCAAGGUUUUGAGUUAGUUUUGCCAAAUUUUCACAUUUUGAUGUAGUUAUAACAAAAUUUCCUAUUUCUCCACCCAACCACCUGUCAUAGUGAGACACCUGGGCAUAAAAGACUGCAGUUUUUUAUUGUCAUAUUUUGGCUUGCACAGUAAGUUGGGUCUAGUCUUUUGUCUGUUGGAAAAUUAAAAAAUCAAGGACAUGCUUUUUGGAAAACACUGUCUUUCAUUUUUCUCUGUUGUCUUGGGUAACAUUUUGGAGGAUUAAAUUAUCAACAAGCUUCAAACAUUAUCAAACUGAAUGAAAUUGUUCUGCAUCUUAAUGAAUGGUCCGUGCACUGCAUCGUAGUUAUGGAGGUUUAAAUGAAAUCAGCUUGUUUUAAAAAGGAAGACAUCAAUUGUAGUGACAAUGAAUAUGAACUGUUAAUUUAUCCUGAGAUUGAAAUAUUACUUUGUUUUUCUGGAAAUAUCCAAAUUCAUUUUCACAAGAAAAUGAGGCGCUCUGUUUUAACAGUGACACCACAUUACUAAGAGCCCGAGGUGAUACUUUUCAUGUUAUUACAGUACAUUGCUUUAUCUACAAUUAAAUUCACCGUAGGUCAGCUACCCUUUACACGUGGGCUAUUUUUAAUAAGACAUAACUGAACCACAACUCUACUAGUCAAAUUUUUACUUUUCAAAACUGCAGACGUGAGAGCACAAAAACCCUUCACAGCAGCUCUUUCUAUAAUUCAGAUGUUAAGAUUAAAAUCCAGCGUGUAUCCUUACAAUAAAACCAGCUCUGUGUGGCCGUUUGAUAUACACUCUUCUCGGUCUACAGAAUGAGAACUGCAUACACAGAGUACACUGUAGGGAACGAGGGAGCCAAUUUGUGAUUUUCCUCCCAGUCAUAACAGGAAAUGAGUGUGACAGCUUUGCAAUCGAAGGCAGAAAGUUUUACCAUACUCAUUUUGCAUCUGUUGCCGAACUUUCCCUACACUCACCUGGAAUGCACCGCCAUGGCCAGUCGGUUCUCCUUAGGGGGUGUGAGAUAAACAAGCUGGCUUGUUUUGACAGGGCUGAAUAUAGACCUUUACUCCCCCUGACAUGCUGCAUUCGCUUGCCCGUCCAUUAGAUGCUUAUGACAUGCAUGCAUAAUUCACAGUGGACUAGUGUAUGUGCCUCUCAGACUCUGCUAUAUUCUUUGCGCAGCAGUGCUGUUGAAUGCAACACCCAGGCGAGACAGACCAAAGAUUAUGUUGAUGCCACCAUGCUGAGGAUGAAAUAGGAUGGCUUUUUGUCUCUGCACAAACAGAGCCAAAUUAUAGACCUGGUUAUGACCUGCCCUAAUGGUUGAGUUUUUCUUUGUUUGUCUAUCGUACUUCCUCUUUGUCAUUGGCAGGUGUUUUGUUACAGUGUGUUAGACAUCUGAAAGGGAUGUGAUAUAAGCACAUUUUUGAAGAGUGACAUGUUUUUGAAAUUAUUUUUCAGUGUUCAGAAAUCAAAGAAAUAAAAAAAAAAAUCAAUCCGAAAGACAUUGACUGCUUUGCUCUACUCUGAAAGAGGACAGUUACCCUGUUAACAUGACCCUCCUUGUUUACAGAGCCCACUGUGAUCACAAGCCCAGCAGGUCAUCUGGACGUGACAGUGGGGGAGAGUAUUGUGCUCCCCUGCCAGGUAUCACAUGACCAGACGCUGGACCUCAAGUUCACCUGGUUUUUUAAUGAGCAGCUCAUCCACUUCGGGAGCCACUGGGCAUAUUUUGAAAAAGUUGGUGGGGUGAGUGCUGUCAUAUCUGCAGAUUGUCUGUGUUUCUGCAUCACCACAGUAAGACCAGAAGGAAGUUUGAAUAUCAUAGCUUAAAGAGUCUUACACUAACAUUUAGUUUUUCACAUUCAGAGCUGUGUGCUGUAGAGACUGUAUACAUAAGUUUGAGAGUUUAUGAUCACCUUUGAACUCUUCCCUGACACAGAGUAUGUUUGCACAACCUCAUUCUUGCCUUGUUACUUUCCUGAAAUAAAAAAACAAGCUCUUAUGGAUCCUCUCGACAGUCUGCAUGCUUCCACUUGAACAUAGUGCCUCUGUGCUUAUGAUUUAUCACUUAGGAAAGGUUCAAGCAUUUAAAAGUAGGCUGAAAGCUUCGCCACAAGUGAGUGGAUCCACUCCUACCAACACUCAGAACUUCUCUUUUUACUCACUUUGUUUAAUGGAAGAAAUCUCACAUGUACACAGUUGUUUUUAAAAGGACUUUAAACAAAUCAACCACUUCAACUCCACAAUAGCAGCUGACAUAUUUGAGUCAUAUUUCUCUGCAGAUUAAUUGAAGCUUCUUGUUAUAAAAAGAAACGUGUCAAAUAACAUUUGUUCAUAUCGUGCAGGUUUAAUUUAUUUUCAGCCUGAACACAAGGCUUCUGUGUUUACCUGUCUCCCACAUUGACAAAAGCAGAAACCAAAGAAUACAUUAUGCAGUGCUGCUCAGGGUUUACAUUUAAUCAUCUAUUGCCAAAUUUCUUUCUCUUUAAUUAGGAAAAGCAAUAAUGAGCUCUUGGCAUCUUUAUCACCUCUUGUUAUUUCUUUAUUUUCAUUCAGUAUUGUCGUUAGCGAGAGCUCUAUAAUUGCAUGCAGCCCUGCAGUUCAAUUACACAUUUAACUCCCACGCACCACUUCUAUGUUGUGGUGAAGAAACUAUUCAACUGUUGACAUGGUGAAAGUGGUGGUCACAAUGGUUAAACUCUCCAGAUCAAUAACGGCUGAAUCAGCUUCUUAGAAUAUAAUGCAGAACAGCUGAUCCAAACAGUAGUUAAAGGAAGUAGUAACUCUUUAUUAUUUUAGUUUUUUUUUACUUGUAGAAAACAUCAAGCAGCUUUUUAUAGGUGAGGAAUUAAAGAAAAAGAAACGGAAUAACAAACAAAACUUCAGCUUUAGUAUAAUGAAGUUUUACUGAGUUAUUAUGAAACAUCUCAAUUAAAUCAUCACUGGUGUCUGCUGGUUGAAGACAUAUUGUAACCUGACAGACUAGAGUCACAUCACCAGCAUUACUCUUAUCUAGAUCUGACUUCUUUGUUAGUUUUUGGUUAAUUGUGCUGUUUCAGACAGAGACAUGCUGCUGAUUACAUGUUUAGGAAAAGUAAUGCCAGAGCUGCAGUGACUGAAAGUGUCAUUUCUUUCUCCCCCCCAAAAAAAAUGUUUGACUGAAAAUGAAGAACAAUUCAAACACAACAACAUCAAGAGAUUUUAAAGAAUGGGAUAUCACUACAAUAUAAAAAAAAUAAAUAUAUUGACCAGAGUAUUUUUCAAACUAAAUCAUUGAUCGCAUCAUUGUACUUAUCUUUUCAUGUAAGUUUGACACUUUGAUAGGUUUUGUUUGUUUUUCAUUUCCUUACAGCCAUAAACUAUAAGCUGUCAGUUUUAACCUUUAUCAGUUGUGUACUGAAAGUCAAUGGCUUUUUUUUUCUCUCAAAAUUAGGCUCCAGACAAAGAUUGUCAGUUACAUUGUAAUUCGUGUUCAAAGGGCACAGAACAUGAUGACUGAAUUUCCAAGGACUUCCACAGAGAAUUGAUUUAAUAAGCAAGCUUGGAGGUCUUUUUUUUUUUUUUGCUGUAUAUAGAAUUUUGCAGGAGUAAGAGAUCUGUGACGCAUUCCUUCUUCAGUUAUAAUAUUUUAAUGAUGGCAGGGAGUUUCAAAGACUGAAUGACUAGCAGCAACUGAAUUUUUAUCUCUAUAAAAUGACCCUGAUUAUACAUCAAAGUAAUUAUCCAGUCUCAUCCUGUUUCAUAGUCCCCUUCCCUUCAUAGAUAAGACAUUAACUUAACAUUAGCUCUUACUUUAAAGUUCAAAGCUAAUAAUGGAUUUGGCAUUGAGUGGUUGUCUGUAAAGUACAUGGAAUCAGAGUGAAUAAAGGGAUAGAGCUGAAAGCAGCUUUUUCACUUCCUCACAAAGAACCACCUCAAUAAGUGAUCAUGAAAACUUCACCCAGUGACUGGUGUGUCCCUGGGCUUCAGUUUGUAUCAAAUAAACUGAAUGCCAAACAUAAUCAUUGUGUCAACGCACCUGUUUUUGCAGUCCUUUUAGUUCAUUUUGAAACUUCAGUCGACCAUACAAGUGUUUUUAACCUUUUUGUUGUUUUGUUCCCCAACUUCCACACUGACAGCGCUCUGCGGGUGACAUCAUGAUCAGGAACAUUCAACUGAGACAUGCUGGGAAAUAUACAUGUGCAGUCCAGACCAAGGUGGACAGCGUGUCUAUUGCCACUGAUGUGGUUGUUAGAGGUAAGAAUGUCCCUCACACCACAUAAUGAUAAAUCCAAAAUCCUGCCACAUUUGUUGUUCUGAAAUAAGAGGUUACAGCGUGACAACAGGGUGUGCACGCACUGACACUGAAGCUGCAGUGAAGCUGAUGUGCACCUCCCCAAAAAUGAAUCACAGCAGGACCACAGCAGCUAUGGAAGUCUCAGGAAAAUACUCUCAUGAACUCUGUGUUAGCAGAGAAUUCCCCUGUCUUACAGUAAAUGCAUUAAUGUCAACAGAAGAAUUAGAGCCAACUGUACUGUCAUACUAUUUAAUUCACACUUCUAGACCUUAUCAUUAAGUAAUGUGAUUAUGUGAUUUAGUGGUGCAGCAGAUCACAGUUGAUCUGAACAUCACUUUUCCUUUGGUUUGGAACUCCUGAUCAACAAACUGAUACACAUAUUAUCAUUGCGGUAAUAAUACUAAUUUUGCUGCUAAUAAAUACCGGUGCAGAGUCUCGGGGAAAAGAACGCAGUCACGAGUUUUGGCACCAUCAAGUCUGGUGUCACCAGGCCCACCAGCCAGCUCAUAUUCAUUUUCACUAACGGGGGAAUUUGAAACUGCAGCCAUCCUCAAGGAUUUCUGCAUGAUGUCAGAUAUACUGGACCAAUCACAGUUCUUCAUUUAAUUGGUCCAUGAGAUGACAGGUUCAGUCGGAGGGAUAUCCAAUAGGUUCAUUGCAGCCAUUUAACGUUGAGUUUUUGUUUUUUCAUUGAAACAAAAAUGAACAACUAAGUUUACACUAUUCAUCGAAAGGAGUGAUGUGCUGGAAAUGUGCUGAAUAUGUGACAACGGGAGGGAUUUUGACACAAUGACGGACACUUUUCCGACAGGGGUAGGGGUUCUGAAAGUUAUCCGAAAGGAUAACCACUAAGAGCAACAAAAAAAUAAGGCAGAAACUAAAGAGGAGACCCCCCCUAAAAAGGAAUUUACUAAAAAGGUCAGGUAAGUUAAAAACACAGAGCUAGGUUAUGAAACUAGGCCAAGAGACGACCACUCAGAAUUUAUGGGCAUUAAACACUGGAAGCGCCGGAGUCACUGGAAACAUUCACACAACCUCUCACUAUCUCUGCUGAUCCGACAGUGAGUCAGUACUGGGAGCUGAAGCUCAAGAGUAUAUAUGAGCUCCCCCCACCUGGUCCAAAUCAGGGCAAUCAGGCAUAUUUCCUGUUGUAUGGCUACUUUGUGUCAAACAAUCCUCAACUUUACUCCUCUCGCUCCCAGUGUGGCUGUGCUUAUUGCCUGCAAGUAACACCUGAGGGCAACAAUUAGCUGCUUAACAUUACUAACCUUUUCUCUCAGCCUUCUGUGGUCAGUAUUUGUGAAGCUGGCCAUUUAACAUAAAGUCUAUGAUGCAGGGCUGUGUUCCUGUAGGGAUGUUAGUUAAGCUGUAGUCGUCCCCAAAUGUUCCUUCUCUGUUGUUGUAUCUAAAUUACACAACAUGCACUGCAGCAACAGCCAGAAAGAUACACAAAGGUCUGAUAAAUGAGUGUAUGUUGAACACCAUGUGUUAAACAUUGUCAAAUCUCAUAUAAGAAAAUAAAAGUUUUUGUAAAAGACAGCAAACACAGUUUGAAACGUUGAUACCUUUUUCCAUUACUGAAGUGAUGCUGAUUCUUAUUUCACAAACUGUUGUACUCAGGUUUUUUAAGCAUUUUUGUAUUUAGUAUUGGAGUUGUAGUAAUGUGUAACAGGAACGUGUAGAUGAAUCAGUUGAACAUAAGUAUAUUUGCCCUGUUGACAGACACUGGCCUAUUGGCAAGUAACAUGCCAUCGACUGAUGUCAGGAGCCACUGUCCAUCAGUUUAUCACCACUCAUUGUCUAUAUCUUUGUAAAACCAACUUCAUGCUCAACUGCUGUUUCAAAGACAGGGGCUUUUAGAUGCCUGAAGGAGUUACUCGUUGUACGAUCUGUGGUUUUUUCCCAUGGUCAAAUGUGAAGGAAAACACUGGUAAUGUGGGAGUACGACACUGUCUCAGACAAAGAUCCGUAAUGUGCAGGUUGAAGGAAAUGUUUCAUCUGCAUAUUACAAGGAACUUACAGAGGAUGGUCAAAAAGGAUCUACUGGUAACUACUAGCAACCGUUUAAAGAUAUCAGAUCAUUCGAAAAAAAAAAACUCAAUGUAUUCCAAAGAAAGCAACGCAAAGUCAUACAAAUCAGCUCUUAAAUGAAUUAUCAUGAUAAGCAUUUAGGGAUGACCCUGAUUUUUACAAUCCCUGUAUUUCUUGUAUGAAGUGUAUAAGAGGUAAUUAAGGAUGCAAUACAUUAUCCACGUUGUGAAUCAGUGUGCGCACACACACAAACACACACACAAAAUAACAUCAAACGUGUGUGUGUGUGUGUGUGUGUGUGUGUGUGUGUGUGUGUUUGUUUUUCACCAGCUGAAAAAUGCAAUAUAAAUAUGUGAUCUGAACAUGUGAUCUGAAACAAAUGGGGAUCACAGUACACAUAAUCUGCAGUCCUAAUGUGAUAACAGAACAAUACAUCAUAUCCACAUAUCCAUAUAAUAACCAAUCUAGUAAGAUCCCAUCUUUACCUUUGCAGUUUUAAACCCUAAAGCUAAACAUACCAACUGAUCAGUCCUGAUCAAAAAGUUUUUUUUUUUUUUUUUAAAUAUGAUUGACCCUUACUUAAUUUGUACUUGAACUCGUUCUUUUUAUUUUUAGAGUCUAAAAUAUCACAUCCUUCACAAAAAGGCAAAUGAAUUAAAUUCUAUCCUUUUUUGCCAUGUUAUUGUACCCAUGAAUGUCUUUCUUUCCUGCUUCUUGUUUUGUGAUCCUUACAAUCUGCUGAAUGGGAAGGUUUUACACCAAACUCCUCUCUUAAGUUAACAUCAACCUGUGACUAAAUAUCCUCCCAGGUCCACCAGGCCCACCUGUGGACUGUCAGGUGACUGAUGUGACAGAGACCACCGCCUCUGUGUCCUGGGGGCCCGGAAUGGACAACCACAGCCCCAUCCUCAGCUUCACCAUCCAGGCUAGAACACCCUUCUCUCUUGGUUGGCAGGCUGUCACCACAGGUAGGCUGCUUGUAUUCUAUGGUCUGUGUGUAGGCGAUGUUAAUGUGAGGUUAACAGUGUAGGUACAAUGAUAGAGCUCUGCAGCCCUUGUAUCCAUUUCAAGCACUACACAAAAAAUAACAGUAAAUAACACAUCACAGGUAUGGCUUACGUUCAGUGACAGAUCUCACAGGGCUUUGAUGAAAGGUUAUUUCUGUGAUGUCUUUCAGUUCCUGAGCUGCUUGGGGGGAAGCAGCUGUCAGCCACUGUCAUUGACUUGAGUCCCUGGGUGGAGUAUGAGUUCAGAGUCCUGGCAACCAACAGCAUUGGAACAGGAGAGCCCAGCAAACCCUCCAAAAAGGCCCGCACCAAGGAGAUGUGUACGUAUCAGAAGCUGUUUAGAUUUUUCUCUGCUGCUACUGGUGACACAAACUGUUUGCAAAUUAUGCACAUAAUACACAAAGUGAUCCUACUUCAGGAAAGUAAUUAGAUCCCUUCAAAGACUUUAUUGUACCAGUUCUUUUCAGAGACUUCUCUGCUUCCUUCCAGCACAAAACAAAUAAAUGAACUGAAUUCACUACCAAUGUAUUUAUGGCUGGCAGCUUCAGUUAGACAGCCUCAACUGGGAGGGAGAAACGAGUCCUCUGACAGGCAGUCCAUGGAAAAUACUUCACAAGUAAAUGCAUCAUGAUUGGAUUAGAACCAAAACCUAUGAAAUUUUAUCAAAGAAGUAGAUGAAAACAAGGUCUCAGUUGUGGUAUGAGCCUUUAAUUACUAAAUCUAAAUGUGAAAAUAAGGAAUAAUGAAUAAGUAAUAAAGUUUUAAUUCACAACUCAUUUCUGCUGUUACAUAAAUGCAUAGAUAAGCGCACUUACACAGAUACAUGCAAAUCAUGGGCAUGAAAACAAAGCAAUACCACAUCUACAGGUUGAUUCUUGUGGGUUGUGAAGUGUAAGCUGUUGACAAUAGAUAAGUAAAUUCUGGAUUCAAUAAUUUAGUUUUGGUGCACUGAUUUUUGUCUUCAUCUGUCUUGAAUUUAAUCAUUUUUAUGGAAGUGCAGUUCUUGUAAAUGAAGUAGGAGGUCCUUAAUUUAAGAAAGCUUCGACUCCCUUUAUAUUGAAAAUGCUCAAUCCCCUGCAGCUCCAUGUAACGGUGAUCAACAGAAUCCUCCACAGUUUUUAUUUCACAUGAUUUCAUAUUUCAUACACUUUCAGUAGCAGACACUUUUCUUUCAUGAGAAAGUGUCCUGAAAUAACUGGAUUGAACUGAAUUGUUAUAGGACUGACCUGACUUAACUUGGGUACACUAUGAAAUUCUUGUAACUCUGUUUGAUCUGUUAGUACCCAGGGUGACCCCUGCCCGAGUGAGCGGUGGAGGUGGAGGGCGUUCAGAGCUGGUUAUCACUUGGGAGGUAAAUCAGUAUUUUCCAUCAUUUGGUUUUUAUUUGAGUGUUCUAGUCAGUAUAUAUUAAUGUUUUUAAAAUAUUUUACUCAAGUAAAAUAAUAGCUGGAAUGGGCUUUGUAUAAAAACUGGAUAUCUUUAAAUGGAACAUCAGAUAUAAACCUGUUGGUAUUGACAUCAAACACCACAGCGAUCUUUAUAUUGUGAAACUUAGUGUCAGUGUGUUUUUACAGGAUUUCAGUAUGUUUGCUAAAUGUGAAACUAAAGCAUAAUGUAUAUAAAGAUCAACUCUAAAACUCUGUUGGAAGGUUUUUGUUUUUUUUUUCUUUUUUAAUUCUCCUUCAUAUAAAAGCACUCAACCAGAUAGGGUUCAAACAGGGUCCUAAAUACAGUACCAUCCUCAGCACUAUUUCUCUGAGUGCCCUAAUCCCUGCAUGGCUGCAUUUCUUUAAGUAUUAAUAUCUUUAGGACCAGUCAUCUUGAGUCAUCUCUCUGAGUCAUCUCAUACCUCUUUAGCCUGUUCCUGAGGAGCUGCAGAGUGGUCCGGGCUUUGGUUAUGUGGUGGCUUUCCGCCCACUCGGAGCACCGGGCUGGAUGCAGGCUGCUGUCACGUCGCAGGAUGCCUCGAGAUAUGUCUUCAAGAAUGAGAGUAUCCCUCCCUUCUCCCCGUACCAAGUCAAAGUGGGGGUGUAUAACAACAAGGGAGAGGGUCCUUUCAGUCCAGUGACCACCAUCUACUCAGCAGAGGAAGGUUAGUAUCAUCACAGCUAACAGCAGCGUGUGUAUUCAGUGAACUUUGGAAAAGUGAAACACUUUUUUAAGUGAUUUCUCACUGCAACAACUGUUCAAAUUAGCUGGGUCUAAUUUAUCAGUUUUAAAGAAAUUACAGUUUUACUUUCAAUCUUAACACCCACUGCUGUAAAGUACACAUUAACAGCUGAAGCACCAAUUCUCUAAUUAAAACUUGUUAGUUUUAAAUAACUUUGACUGAAUAUUAAGGCUUUAUCUACUCUGUUGUUAGUAUUGAAAGAGUUUUAAAUCCAACAGCAUGAAAGGUUAUGAAAAGACUUCUCUCUAGUUUUUGGACUCUGGCUCUGGAAACACUAACAUCUAACCGGAUAAAAACGCCCCCCACACAGACCGAUAACAUAGACCGGGGAGGUGUAUGGUGGGUAAACUCUCAUUAAAUAUUAACAAAGGGUGUUGUGUUCUUUUUGAAAUUUCAACCUGAGUUGCUGUGCAGUAAUUCGUGGGGCUUAAUGUUACACACAUUUUUAUGUUACAAUGAAGAGUUGUCUUGAAACAAGCGCUCAGAUGCAACAAUGUUUAGUUCAGAUAAUAGUCUAACACCCUUGAGCUACUUGCAGGCAGCAGCAGUGAGAGCACGCUGUGGUUUAGUGCUUACACAAAUAAAAAGUAACGCCUGUUUAUCAGGGAAACUCACCACAAAAACUGAAAGGUAAUUACUUUUUUAUGCCCUUAGGUUAGUUUAUUUAAAACAUAGACAUUAUCACCCCUUAAACUCGCUCAUCUAAUUCCUUGUUGUCCCCUACACAUGUACAUGUACUCAAAUAUCUUGUGCUUCUCACUGAAUAAUUAAUGCAGCCCCUGAAGAAUCACCACAACAACCAACACUAGGGACUGCGGGUUUUGCAAAACCAUCAAGUAAAGUUGCGAUCUUACUUUCUUUAACACUGUCAGCCUCUGAAAAAUGGAAUACAUUUUUUAUAGGAUUAAAUGUCGAAGAAGACACUCCUCCAGUCCUCACACAGUGAUUCGGAUGGAUUGGAUGGAGCAGUAUAUUCGAUAAGUCAUACUGUAGACGUGGGAGUAGUAAAUCUUCGUCUUCCUUCGUAUUCUGACCAGCCUGUGUACCUUUCAGAGCCUAGCAGAGCUCCAGGGAGGCUGAGGGCAAAGAGUGUAUCAGCGUCCGAGGUGGAGGUCACCUGGAAGCCACUGGCCUGGAGCAACAACCGCAGACGCAUCUUGGGCUAUGAGGUCAAAGCAGCACAAACCCACACAAUAGAAUAAUACAAAUACAGUGAACGUUGCCAACAGCCAAAGUGUUUUUUAUUGAAUAGCAGUCUAUGACCUUUUUGUAUUUUUGUCCAUUUAAUUAUUCAUUCAUGAAGUUAACUCAAGUAUUGAUAAAUUCCUUUGGCAUGCAUGCCCAAGAAUUACUCUGGUACAAAAGGAAGUGUGAGGAAAGUAACCAGAGCCAGGCCUUCAAAAUGACAUUGGUGUUUCUGUGUGUUUUUAGUUGCAGUACUGGGGUGAAAGACAGAGGCAGGACACAGCCAGCGUGAUCAGGACAGUGGGGAAUAAAACUUCAGUACUCAUCAGGGAUCUGGAGGGCAGCAGUACCUAUUACCUGUCCCUGCGGGCCUACAACAGCGCUGGAGUGGGUCCACAGAGUAUCAUAGUCAAUGUCACAACUAAGAAACCACGUAAGAGCUCUAGAAUUAUGAUGAAGACUGACUGUGUCCUUUUGUUCAUUGUUUCCCCCUCUGGCUAAAGUUGCACACUCCCUUUGGUAUAUUUUUCACUUUGCCAAUUAUUUUUCACCGUCAGAGUGAAAGCAGGGAAUAUUUAGGUUCCAUGGCGAGGCUUCUUGUUGAUCGACUCUAAUAUUUAUGAGACACCCUGGAGCUGGAAUGCUGAAGGCGCUUACCACACAAAUGCAACAGCAGUUUGACUUCUGGCCAGGGAUUUUUUUUUUUUUUUUUUGUUGCAUGUCAUACUCCUCUUCUUCUGUCGACAUUUUCCAUCAUUCUGCACUGACUUUCAGAUUGGAGCCUGAGACACAUGAACAUUUCUGUGUCUGAACACAUGUGAAAGGCUUUUUCUUCCUAAUCAGUCAUUUGAAAAACAGAUUUUCAGCAUGGUUUAAACCUGCAUUUUUCACAUUAGUUUACAUAUGUUAUGAUUUAUCUUCCUUCUUCCCUUUUUUCUGGGCACAUUUCUUUGUGCCUCAGCAUGAACUGGGUGUUAUUCACAGACGCCAUACAGCCCUGCUUUCACUUGAUAGACGUUGCAUAUCUUUGAUGUAAAUUUCUGUUUAAUUUAUAGUCACUCUGAGCUAUGUGACAUGCAGGCUUAACUGAAAAAAUGAUAAGCUGUCUCCUGUUUAAACAUUCCCUGUAAACAUUAGAGAACUUGUCUUUACAGCUCCCAUUUUUCUUUCCAUGUGCCAGUGAGCAUCCAGCAUAUAUCUGCAUUAGUGUGCAUGUGCUUACAGAGAGUCUGACAAAACAAGGACCCAGCCAUUAAAACAGUGAUUCAUAGCGCCUCUAGAGAUUAAAAACUUUAUGUUGUGUCACAGAUGUUCAGCAUAUUAUGUUCAUAUAAGCCGACAUUAAUUAAUGCCGCAGUUAUAACACAUCUGUUACACACUGACACGCCACUUUCCCGAGCCAGCCCCCUCACAAACAGCUAAACGCAAGUCUGUUCUCACUCCCACACAGACUCACACACACACGCACACAGGCACACUCACAUUCCUCGAGUCACUGCUCACUACGAACAGUGGGAUGAUAAACUGAUAAUGAGAAAUCUCCUUCAUGCUGAGUUGGUUCUGGACUUUACUGUUUAUUGACUGGUUGGCUUGUUGUUUUUCUCCCGCCUCUUCCUGUCCUUAUCCUCCCCUUCUUGUCCUCCUGCAGCACCGAGUCAGGCCCCAGACAAAAUCAUGUGGAACACUUCCAACUCCAAGGUCAUCCUGAGGUGGGACCAAGUGCAUGCUCUGGAGAACGAGUCAGAAGUCACAGGAUAUAAGGUAAAAAUAAAAAAGGAGAAGAUAAUUUAGAGUUUAACUCUUCUCCAUUUAACUACACUAGUUUUAUCUCUGACAUGUGAACGUUUUUUUUUUUUCAUAGCAAAUAAAUGGUUUCCACAGACAGACAUUUUCUGAAGUUGUGCCUGUGCAUGAAUUUCUUUUGGAAGUCCUAAAAUUCCCAUCAUAACCCCUUUCCACAGAAUUUCAUCCACACACAAAAAUCCAUAACUUUUCUGAUUGCUGCUCAAAGGGGAGCCGUACUGUAAAGUUAAAAGUGUAAGUCAAGCUGCAACUGAAAAUCAGUAUUGACACUUUUCUGCUUCCCCUUAUCUGCACUGGUCCUCCAGCACAUUUCUACAGUCAGAUUAAUCCUUGUUAGUGUCACAGGAAGCACGUCACAUCUUAUAAAGCUGUGUGACAAAAAAAAGAAACAAGGACAAGUGGAAAGAUAAAAAAAUAAAGCUCAUGAUAAUGACCAGUGUAUUUGGAAGGACUCCAUGCCAUUUUUGCACUGCGAUCAUCUUCCCCUCUCUGCUUCCUGCAGGUGAUGUACAGCCAGGACAAACACAGCCGUCCCAGCGUGGUGGAGACAAACACCACCUCCUUAGAGUUGUCACUGCCAGUCAACCAGGACUACGUCAUCCAGAUUAAACCCUUCAGUGAGGGAGGGGAAGGCAGCAGUAGUCGCCAGAUCACCAUCCCCAAGAUAGCAGGUAGGACAGUGCUGAAAUAUGACACAUAAAGAAUGCAGUCUGAUUUUGAGACAUCUUUGCAAAAACACAUGAAUUCAUUCAAUGCUGUAACAGUCCCUCAUCCAUCUUAAUUAAUUUCUCCUAUCUAAGACAAUUCUCACUCUCAGAAAAGAUAGCAAUGUAUGCGUGGAAAAAUGCACUCUAGCAAUCUGAACACAGCAUGCUGUAGCGACGGCUUGCAUCAUGAGUCGGUUCUUUUGAGGCUGCUGUCUGCAGAGAAUUAGUAUUUCUUGGUAUCUCUUGGCAACAUUUUGAUGCUCUUUUUUCCUAUUAAAUGUUGGUUCAAACUGUCUCCAAAUAAGCCUUUUCUCUCUGCAGCGAAGUUUGAAUGUUGUGUUAACAGUUGUCUUAGAAAAAUACAGUCUCUUAUCCUCAGACAGAAAAGUAUAUAUCAUCAAACAACAAAAUGGGCUCAGACAUGCAAAGACUUUUGCCAGUAGCUCGGGUUUGUUUGAGAGUGUUCUUUUCCUUUUUAAUCUACUGUGUCUAUUGCUGUGCCCACCCCACAUGUCCUCUCAUUUCACCUCUUAACUGAACACAGCACACCAGUGCCAUCUAUGGUUGAAGUUUUGUACCUGCACUCUAUAGUAUACUGUAGCUUUGUUUGCAUGAUACCCUACAGUUUUGACCGCACUGUGAUAUUUUUUCAUGUAAGUGUUUUGUAUCUGUAAGCACUCAAACCAUGUUCAUAGUAUUUACUGCAUUUGGAUUUGUUUGUGCAUUUCAGGCUCCAUAGCCACGGGAGCAGCCUCUGAGUCUUCGGCGUGUCCCUUUGUCACUCUUGCAGCGUUAAUCUUCACAGCUAGGACUGUACUAUGA